CAAAAAUGAAAAUAUUUUUGCCACUAGUCACGUGGAUAGUGCUACUACUCUCGAGUGCAGUACAUUCACAAUAUUCACAACAACCGCAACCAUUCAAGACGAACUUGAGGGCGAAUAGUCGGUUUCGCGGCGAGGUCUUCUACCUGAACCUCGAGAAUGGCUACUUUGGCUGCCAAGUCAACGAGUCCACCGAAUAUUUGCAGCUAUUCAACCUAUCGAAACUAUGCGACGGUACCCAAGAUUGCUUCCUGGGUGCCGAUGAGUUGAGCAAAGAGCUCAAAUGCACAAAUGACUGUGAUAAGGAUGGCACCAAGUGCACACAUGGCGCGUGUUUGAACGGCGUCUGCCAUUGCAAUGACGGCUACGGCGGCUGCAAUUGCGUGGACAAAGAUGAGAACGAAUGCAAACAGCGGCCGUGCGACGUGUUCGCCCAUUGCACAAACACACUGGGCAGCUUCACGUGUACCUGCUUUCCGGGCUAUCGCGGCAAUGGUUUCCAUUGUGAAGACAUUGACGAAUGCCAAGAUCCCGCGAUAGCAGCGCGAUGCGUGGAGAACGCCGAGUGCUGCAACCUGCCGGCGCACUUCCUUUGCAAGUGCAAGGAUGGAUACGAGGGCGACGGCGAGGUUCUGUGCACGGAUGUGGACGAGUGCCGCAAUCCGGAGAACUGCGGUCCUAACGCCCUGUGCACCAACACGCCGGGCAAUUACACAUGCUCCUGCCCGGAGGGCUAUGUGGGCAACAAUCCGUAUCGGGAGGGAUGCCAGGAUGUGGACGAGUGCUCGUACCCGAAUGUCUGCGGACCCGGUGCCAUAUGUACGAAUCUCGAGGGCAGUUAUCGCUGCGACUGCCCGCCGGGAUACGACGGAGAUGGACGCUCGGAGUCCGGUUGCGUGGACCAGGAUGAGUGCGCACGGACGCCCUGCGGCCGGAACGCGGAUUGUUUGAACACGGACGGCAGCUUCCGCUGCUUGUGUCCGGACGGCUACAGUGGUGAUCCCAUGAACGGCUGCGAGGAUGUCGAUGAAUGCGCCACUAACAAUCCAUGCGGUUUGGGUGCUGAAUGCGUGAACCUGGGCGGUAGCUUCCAGUGCCGCUGUCCCUCCGGCUUUGUGCUGGAGCACGAUCCGCACGCGGAUCAGUUGCCCCAGCCGCUGAACACCCAACAAUUGGGCUACGGGCCGGGGGCCACGGACGUGGCGCCCUAUCAAAGGACCUCGGGCGCCGGUCUGGCAUGCCUGGACAUCGAUGAGUGCAAUCAGCCGGACGGAGUGGCCAAGUGCGGCACCAAUGCCAAGUGCAUUAACUUCCCCGGCUCAUACCGCUGCCUGUGUCCCAGUGGAUUCCAAGGACAAGGCUAUUUGCACUGCGAGAACAUCAACGAGUGUCAGGAUAAUCCGUGUGGGGAGAAUGCGAUCUGCACGGACACCGUUGGCAGCUUCGUGUGCACAUGCAAACCUGACUAUACCGGUGAUCCGUUCCGCGGAUGUGUGGAUAUCGAUGAGUGUACCGCGUUGGAUAAGCCCUGUGGACAGCAUGCGGUAUGCGAAAAUACCGUUCCUGGCUACAAUUGCAAGUGCCCGCAAGGAUAUGAUGGCAAACCCGAUCCCAAGGUGGCCUGCGAACAGGUGGAUGUCAAUAUACUGUGCAGCAGUAACUUCGAUUGUACCAACAAUGCAGAGUGCAUUGAGAAUCAGUGCUUCUGCUUGGAUGGAUUCGAACCCAUUGGAUCCAGUUGUGUGGACAUCGAUGAGUGUCGCACCCACGCCGAGGUGUGUGGUCCCCAUGCCCAGUGCCUGAAUACGCCAGGGUCGUACGGCUGUGAAUGCGAGGCGGGAUAUGUGGGCAGUCCGCCAAGAAUGGCGUGCAAGCAGCCAUGCGAGGAUGUUCGCUGUGGAGCCCAUGCCUACUGCAAACCGGAUCAGAAUGAAGCCUACUGCGUGUGCGAGGAUGGAUGGACCUACAACCCGAGCGAUGUCGCUGCGGGAUGUGUGGACAUCGAUGAGUGCGAUGUGAUGCAUGGACCUUUCGGAAGCUGUGGCCAGAAUGCCACGUGUACAAACAGUGCUGGAGGCUUUACAUGUGCCUGCCCUCCUGGAUUCUCGGGAGAUCCGCACUCCAAAUGCGUCGAUGUGGAUGAGUGCCGAACCGGAGCCAGCAAGUGUGGAGCUGGAGCUGAGUGUGUGAACGUACCCGGUGGUGGAUACACCUGUCGUUGCCCCGGGAACACAAUUGCCGAUCCGGAUCCUAGUGUAAGGUGUGUGCCCAUUGUCAGCUGCUCCGCUAACGAAGACUGCCCGGGUAACUCCAUCUGUGAUGCCACAAAGCGCUGCCUGUGUCCGGAACCGAAUAUUGGUAAUGACUGCCGUCAUCCCUGCGAAGCCCUCAACUGUGGAGCACAUGCCCAGUGCAUGCUGGCCAACGGACAGGCUCAGUGCCUGUGUGCUCCCGGAUACACAGGAAACUCUGCCCUUGCAGGAGGCUGUAAUGACAUCGAUGAAUGUCGUGCCAAUCCCUGCGCUGAGAAGGCAAUCUGUUCGAAUACAGCCGGAGGCUAUCUAUGUCAGUGUCCAGGUGGAUCCAGUGGAGAUCCAUACCGCGAGGGGUGCAUUACCUCAAAGACGGUGGGCUGCUCUGAUGCCAAUCCUUGCGCGACUGGUGAGACUUGCGUCCAAGACUCAUACACGGGCAACAGCGUGUGCAUUUGUCGACAGGGUUAUGAGCGAAAUCCCGAGAACGGCCAGUGCCAGGAUGUGGAUGAGUGCUCGGUGCAAAGAGGAAAGCCCGCUUGUGGACUUAAUGCUCUCUGUAAGAAUCUGCCUGGCAGCUACGAGUGCCGGUGCCCACAGGGUCAUAACGGAAAUCCCUUCAUCAUGUGCGAGAUCUGCAAUACGCCGGAGUGCCAGUGUCAAUCACCAUACAAGCUUGUUGGAAACAGUUGUGUUCUCUCCGGUUGCUCCAGUGGACAGGCCUGUCCCAGCGGAGCUGAGUGCAUCUCCAUAGCUGGAGGUGUUAGCUACUGUGCCUGCCCCAAGGGUUACCAAACCCAACCGGAUGGAAGCUGUGUGGAUGUCGACGAGUGCGAAGAACGGGGGGCUCAAUUGUGUGCCUUUGGCGCUCAGUGCGUGAACAAGCCAGGAAGCUAUAGUUGCCACUGUCCCGAGGAUUACAAGGGAGAUGCCUACAACGGACUAUGUGCACUCGCACAAAGGAAAUGCGCUGCCGAUAGGGAGUGCGCUACCAACGAAAAAUGCAUCCAGCCAGGAGAGUGUGUUUGCCCGCCUCCUUAUUUCCUGGACCCGCAGGACAACAACAAGUGCAAGAGCCCUUGCGAACGCUUCCCGUGUGGCAUCAAUGCUAAGUGUACGCCCUCGGAUCCUCCACAGUGCAUGUGCGAGGCUGGAUUCAAGGGAGACCCACUGCUGGGAUGCACCGAUGAAGACGAGUGCUCCCAUCUCCCAUGUGCCUAUGGAGCCUACUGCGUAAACAAGAAGGGCGGAUACCAGUGCGUGUGCCCCAAGGAUUAUACCGGAGAUCCGUACAAGAGUGGCUGCAUCUUUGAAAGCGGCACACCCAAGAGCAAGUGCCUGAGCAACGAUGAUUGCGCCAGUAAUCUAGCCUGCUUGGAAGGUAGCUGCGUAAGUCCAUGCAGCAGUCUUCUGUGUGGAUCAAAUGCUUACUGUGAGACGGAGCAACAUGCUGGCUGGUGUCGCUGCCGUGUAGGAUACGUCAAAAAUGGCGAUGGGGACUGCGUGUCUCAGUGCCAGGACGUGAUCUGCGGCGAUGGAGCUCUCUGCAUUCCAACCAGCGAGGGACCCACCUGUAAGUGCCCACAAGGACAACUCGGCAAUCCCUUCCCUGGCGGCAGCUGCAGCACGGAUCAGUGCUCAGCCGCCAGACCUUGUGGCGAACGGCAGAUCUGCAUCAAUGGAAGAUGCAAGGAGCGCUGCGAGGGUGUGGUCUGUGGCAUCGGAGCCACGUGCGAUAGAAACAAUGGAAAAUGCAUCUGCGAGCCGAACUUUGUGGGUAAUCCCGAUUUGAUCUGUAUGCCACCCAUCGAGCAGGCCAAGUGCUCUCCAGGAUGUGGAGAGAACGCUCACUGCGAGUACGGAUUGGGUCAGAGCCGAUGCGCCUGUAACCCGGGAACCUUCGGAAAUCCCUAUGAAGGCUGUGGAGCACAGAGCAAGAACGUGUGCCAGCCGAAUAGCUGUGGACCCAAUGCCGAAUGCCGUGCUGUGGGCAACCACAUCUCCUGUCUUUGCCCGCAGGGCUUUAGUGGUAAUCCCUACAUUGGAUGCCAGGAUGUGGAUGAGUGUGCCAACAAACCAUGUGGUCUUAAUGCUGCCUGUUUGAAUAGAGCCGGAGGAUUCGAGUGCUUGUGUCUUUCGGGACACGCCGGAAAUCCCUACAGUAGUUGUCAACCCAUCGAGAGCAAGUUCUGUCAGGAUGCGAACAAGUGCAAAUGCAACGAACGAAUGGAGUGUCCAGAUGGCUACAGUUGCCAAAAAGGACAGUGCAAGAACCUCUGCUCCCAGGCUUCUUGUGGCCCAAGGGCCAUCUGUGAUGCCGGAAACUGCAUCUGCCCCAUGGGCUACAUUGGGGAUCCUCAUGACCAAGUGCAGGGUUGCAGCAUUCGCGGUCAGUGUAGCAAUGAUGCGGACUGCCUUCACUCUGAGAUCUGCUUCCAGUUAGGCAAGGGUCUGCGCAAAUGUGUGGACGCAUGCUCCAAGAUUCAGUGUGGUCCCAAUGCCCUCUGCGUGUCCGAGGAUCAUCGAUCUUCCUGUAUAUGCUCUGACGGAUUCUUCGGAAAUCCAAGCAAUCUACAGGUGGGAUGCCAGCCGGAAAGAACACUUCCCGAGGAAGAGGAUAAAUGCAAAUCGGAUCAGGACUGCAGUCGAGGAUACGGUUGUCAGGCCAGCGUUCACGGCAUCAAAGAGUGCAUUAAUCUGUGCUCCAAUGUCGUCUGCGGACCCAACGAGCUGUGCAAGAUCAACCCAGCUGGGCAUGCGAUUUGCAAUUGCGCCGAGAGUUAUGUCUGGAACCCAGUGGUCUCUUCAUGCGAAAAGCCUUCGCUGCCAGACUGCACCAGUGACGCUAAUUGCCCGGAUGCUUCUACCUGUCGACCGGAUGUCUUGGGAGUCCUUAAGUGCGUCGCCAUCUGUGAUGCCUUCACGUGCCCGGCCAACUCGGUUUGCGUGGCCCGUCAGCACCAAGGACGCUGUGAUUGUCUCAACGGGUUCGUGGGUAACCCCAACGAUAGGAACGGCUGUCAGCCGGCCCAGAAACAUCACUGCAGAAACCACGCCGAGUGCCAGGAGUCGGAAGCCUGCAUUAAGGAUGAAUCUACCCAGACUCUCGGAUGCCGUCCAGCUUGUGAUACGGUGAAAUGUGGACCACGAGCCGUUUGCGUCACCAACAAUCAUCAGGCGCAGUGUCAGUGUCCACCGGGACCUUUCGCCGGAGAUCCAUACGAUCCAUUUAAUGGCUGCCAGAGUGUUCCUUGUGUUUACAACCAUGAUUGUCCACCCAGCCAGAUGUGCAACCGGAUGACACACACAUGCUUCGAUGUGUGCGACGAGGAGUCCUGCGGUGACAAUGCCAUUUGUUUGGCUGAGGAUCACCGAGCCGUCUGCCAGUGUCCACCUGGAUUUAAGGGAGAUCCGUUACCCGAAGUGGCCUGCACCAAGCAGGGCGGAUGUGCCGCUGGAACUUGCCACCCCUCGGCAAUAUGCGAGGUUACUCCUGAAGGUCCUGUCUGCAAGUGUCCUCCGCUUUUUGUGGGCGACCCGAAGUCAGGUGGCUGUCGCCCAGAUGGUCAGUGCCCGAAUGGAGACGCCGACUGCCCAGCCAAUACCAUCUGCGCCGGAGGAGUAUGCCAGAAUCCCUGCGACAACGCUUGCGGAUCGAAUGCUGAGUGCAAGGUUAUCAAUAGGAAACCCGUCUGCAGUUGUCCCCUGCGAUUCCAGCCUAUCUCUGAUACUGCCAAGGAUGGAUGUGCCCGGACCAUAUCUAAAUGUCUCACAGAUGUCGACUGCGGAGGAGCACUGUGCUACAAUGGACAAUGCCGGAUUGCUUGCAGGAACAGCCAAGAUUGCUCCGAUGGCGAGAGCUGCUUGAAGAACGUCUGUGUGGUUGCUUGUCUGGAUCACAGUCAGUGCGCUAGUGGACUUGCCUGUGUCGAGGGCCACUGCACCAUCGGCUGUCGCAGCAACAAGGAGUGCAAGCAGGAUCAGUCUUGCAUUGAAAACAAGUGCCUGAAUCCCUGCCAGUCUGCCAACAGUUGUGGUCCAAAUGCGCUGUGCAGCAUUGAUCAGCACCAUAGUCAGUGCAGCUGCCCGGAAGGUUUCGAGGGCAACCCUACCCCGGAACAGGGAUGCGUGCGAGUUCCGGCUCCCUGCUUAGCCAGUAAUCAAUGUCCCAGCGGACACAUGUGCAUUGGAAAUCAGUGUAAUCUUCCCUGCACCAAGACAGCUUCCUGCGCAGUUGGAGAACGUUGCUACCAACAAGUCUGCCGCAAAGUGUGCUAUACCAGCAACAACUGUUUGGCUGGAGAGAUCUGCAAUUCGGACAGGACUUGCCAACCAGGAUGUGAUUCAGAUGCCGAUUGUCCACCCACCGAAUUGUGUCUGACAGGAAAGUGCAAGUGCGCCACCGGAUUUAUAGGAACACCCUUCGGGUGCUCGGAUAUUGAUGAAUGCACCGAACAGCCCUGCCAUGCCAGUGCUCGAUGUGAGAACCUCCCGGGAUCCUAUCGUUGUGUAUGCCCCGAAGGUACUGUCGGCGAUGGGUACUCCCAGCCGGGUUGUUCGCAGCCCAGGCAAUGCAACAAACCAGACGAUUGUGCCAAUAAUCUGGCCUGUAUACAUGGAAAGUGCACGGAUCCUUGUCUACAUACUGUUUGUGGCAUUAAUGCCAAUUGCCAGUCGGAAGGACACGAAGCGCUGUGCAGCUGUCCAGCUGGAUUCUUGGGAGACCCCAACGACACUGGAGUCGGAUGCUUCAAGGUGGAGUGCAUCGACCAUGUGGAUUGCGCCGGAGAUCGUGCCUGCGAUGCGGAAACCAAUCGAUGCAUUAAACCAUGUGACCUGACCAGUUGCGGAAAGGGCAAUUGCCAGGUGAAGGAUCACAAGGCGACAUGUGCUUGCUACGAAGGAUAUCAAUUAGUCAACGGAGUAUGUGAGGACAUCAACGAGUGUCUGUCGCAGCCAUGCCACAGCACAGCUUUUUGCAACAAUCUUCCAGGAAGCUACAAUUGCCAGUGCCCGGAGGGAUUGAUCGGAGAUCCCCUGCAGGCCGGUUGUCGGGAUCCCAAUGAGUGUUUGAGUGAUGCGGACUGUCCAGCUUCAGCUAGUUGCCAGAAUUCCCGAUGCCGUAGUCCUUGCGAGCGGCAAAAUGCUUGUGGAUUAAAUGCUAACUGCCAGGCACAGGCCCAUCAAGCCAUUUGCACUUGUCCUCUGAACUCCCGUGGAGAUCCAACCAUCGAGUGCGUGCACAUUGAGUGCGCCGACAACGACGAUUGCUCCGGAGAGAAAGCAUGUUUGGACUCGAAGUGCAUAGAUCCCUGUUCGCUGCCCAACGCCUGUGGAGCUUUGGCUCGUUGCUCGGUGCAGAAUCACAUCGGCGUCUGCUCCUGCGAAGCGGGCAGUACCGGAGAUGCCAAAUUGGGCUGUGUGCAGCUGCAAUAUUGCCAGCAGGACGGACAAUGUGCCCAGGGAAGCAUAUGCUCCCACGGAAUUUGCAGUCCGCUAUGCAGCACCAACCGCGAUUGUAUUUCGGAACAGUUGUGCUUGCAGGGCGUCUGUCAGGGAACCUGCAAGUCGAAUUCAAGCUGUCCCCAGUUCCAGUUCUGUUCAAAUAACAUUUGCACCAAGGAGCUGGAGUGCCGAUCCGAUAGCGAGUGUGGCGAAGACGAAACCUGUCUGAGUGAUGCCUAUGGGCGUGCAAAGUGUGAAUCCGUUUGUCUUGGUCGCGCUGCCUGUGGUAGGAAUGCAGAAUGUGUGGCUCGUUCCCAUACUCCCGAUUGCCUCUGCAAGGAGGGAUUCUUCGGGGACGCCAAGUCUGGAUGCCGAAAGAUCGAGUGCACCAGCGACGAUGACUGCUCGAAUGACAAGAGCUGCGACAACCACAUGUGCAAGAUUGCCUGCCUCAUUGGACAGCCGUGCGGAGAGAAUGCCCUCUGCACCACAGAACACCACCAGCAGGUUUGCCACUGCCAGCCAGGAUUCUCUGGAGAUCCGCGGGUUCGUUGCGAUGUUAUAGACUUUUGCCGGGAUGCUCCGUGCGGACCCGGAGCACGUUGCCGAAACGCGAGGGGGUCGUACAAGUGCACCUGUCCACCGGGACUCGUUGGUGAUCCGUACAACGAGGGCUGUCGCAGCUCUGUUGAGUGCGAGACCAACGAGGACUGUCCCCCGCAUGCCGCAUGCACCAAAACCAAUGGGGUGGCCAAGUGCCGCGAUGUCUGUGCCCAGCUGCAAUGUGGUCCCAAUGCGGAAUGUGUUCCGAAGGGCCAUGUGGCGCAGUGUGCAUGCCGCAGCGGCUACGAUGGCCAACCCGCCGACCGGGUGGCCGGCUGUAAGCCGCUGCCCUCUCCCUGUCAGGUCACCGGCGACUGUCCGACCAACACAUACUGCUCGGAUAGCGUCUGCAAACCUGCCUGUGUUCUGGACACCGAAUGUGGAGCAUUUGAAGUGUGUCAAGGUGGCCAAUGCUUCAAUCCCUGCCUUCAACCGCAGGCAUGUGGCCAGAAUGCCGAGUGCGUGAUGCAGAAUCAUCUGAAACAGUGCCACUGCCCGGAGGGCUUCACUGGCGACUCAGCGAAGGAGUGCGUGCGUGUGCCAGUGGCCUGCGAUGGCGAGUGUGGUCCUGGAUAUAACUGCCGCGACUCCAUGUGCCUGCCUGUGUGCCACAACGAUCUGGAGUGCGCCUCCAACGAAAAGUGCCUGAAGGGCAGCUGUAUGCUGACCUGUCGGGUGGACAACGAUUGCUUCCUGGGUCACGUUUGCCUGCACAACAAGUGCGUGUAUGGCUGCCAUGUGGACGAUGACUGCAGUGCCUCAGAGUCUUGUCGCAACGAUAAGUGCGUAAACCCCUGUCUGGAAAAUCCCUGUGGUCCGAAUGCUGCCUGCUCGGUGUCCAACCACCGGGCUAGCUGCAGUUGUCUGGAGAGUAUGGUGCCCAAUCCCACACCCCAGGUGGGCUGCGUCCGUUCUCCCCCCUUGGAAUGCCGCGAGAAUCGCGACUGUGGAAAUGGACUGGCUUGCUUCGAGUCGGUAUGUCGACCUCUAUGCGCCGACGAUGCCGGCUGCUUGACCAACGAGCGCUGCCAGCAGGGAGUUUGCAAGCCCCUUUGCCGCCACGACAAUGAGUGCGGUCAUGGAGAGCUCUGUCUGGGCCUAAACUGCGUGCCUGGAUGCCGUUCCGAUCAGGGCUGCCCGCAGGACUUGUCCUGCGUGGGUCAGCAGUGCGUGGAUCCAUGUGCAGAUCCCACUGCCUGCGGUACCAAUGCCCACUGUCAAACGAUCGAUCACAGGAAACAGUGCCUAUGUCCAGAGGGUCUUGAUGGCAAUGCCAAUGUGGCCUGCAAGGUGCCUCGCAUUGCUUGUGGCAGGAACGAGGAUUGCCAGUCGAAUCAGCUAUGCUAUGCCGGCAGCUGCCAAGGAAAGUGCAGAAACGACCAGAACUGCUUGGCCGAUGAGCGUUGCAUGAGAGGAACAUGUAGAACCGUGUGCAACACCGACGAGGCAUGUGCUCAGGGACAGAUUUGCGAGAAUCGAAUGUGCCAGACUGGAUGUCGUACCGAUUUGAGUUGUGCCACCGACGAGGCCUGCGUGAACAAGAAGUGCCAAAAUCCUUGUCGCACACCUGGCCAAUGUGGCCAGUGUGCCGACUGCCUUGUGGUCAACCAUGGAGUCCAGUGCCAGUGUCCCGCCGCCUUUAUGGGCGACGGUUUGACUGGCUGUCAACUACCGCCGGAACGCUGCCACCCUGGCUGUGAAUGCGACGAAAAUGGAGCCUAUUGUGCCGCCAAGUGCUCGAGAACCGAGGAUUGCGCCUGUGGACAACAGUGCGCCAGAGGAAAGUGCCGGAAUAAGUGCGGACCCAAGCGCCAGUGUACGGUGGGUCAGCUUUGCGAGAGAGGCGCAUGUAUAGCCGGGUGCAAGUCCAACGGUGAUUGUGCCGCCGACCAGAGUUGUGUCAAUGGAAAGUGCUCCGAUCCAUGUGCGAACGAGAAGGCUUGCGGACGGAAUGCUCUUUGCACUGUGUCCGAGCACCGGAUGCUCUGCUACUGCCCGGAUGGAUAUGAAGGCGAGCCCAGCAAGGAGUGCGUGCAGUUCGAGUGCCGUGUGGACACCGAUUGCGACAGCAAUAAGCGCUGCGACCAAGGAAAGUGCCGCAAUCCUUGCCUGGAGUAUGGAGCUUGUGGAACGAAUGCUCAGUGCCGAGUGGUCGGUCGCAAGGCCCAAUGUUCAUGUCCACCGGACUUCUUUGGCAAUCCGACUAGUGAGUGCCGACCGCUGGAAGGAGGAUGCUCUAGCAAACCCUGCGGUGAGAACUCCAAGUGCACUGAGGUGCCCGGAGGCUAUGAAUGCGCUUGCAUGGACGGCUGCAUUGGAGAUGCCCACCAGGGCUGCCUUUGCGGCGGACCUCUAGUGAAUGCCUGUCGCGAUCAACCGUGCGGUCUGAAUGCCGCUUGCCACGUAUUGGAAAACAAUCAAGCCGAGUGCUACUGCCCGGAGGACUUCCCCAAUGGUGAUGCCUAUGUCCAAUGUUACUUGACUACGCCGAAGCAGGAUUGUCGUACCCUAGGAUGCGAAGUCGGCGGCUGUGUACGCCAGGGCUAUGAAUACGUUUGCCAGCAGGACACCGAACAAUGCUACUCAGAUACGGAUUGUCCCAGUGAAAAGUCAUGCCUCCAAGGACACUGCAGCGAUCCUUGUACAAUGCGUGGCGUGUGUGGUUUGAAUGCUCUCUGCAAAACCGUACUGCAUCGACCGCGCUGCUCCUGCCCCAGUUGCCACAUCGGUCGGCCAGAGAUCGAGUGCAAGUCUGAUCCCAAGUGCGUGGCCGAGGACACGGAUCCAAAGACCAAGGAGCAGAUCCCAUGCUCCGCCGACUCCGAGUGUCCAGAGACGUUGCAGUGCGGCCAGUACGGCCAAUGCACAGAUCCGUGCAACAAUCCGCUCUUCAUCUGCGAGAGCAACAAGAAGUGCGAGACGCGACGCCAUCAGCCCGUUUGUAUCUGCAAGUCGGGCUUCAUAGUGAAUGAGUACGGAGAACUGACGUGCGCCCCGGACAAGCGGGAGUGCUAUCGCGACGAUGACUGCGCCUCGAACAUGGCCUGCUCCGAUGGCAAGUGCCGCAAUCCCUGCAUCGUGCCCCUGGGCCGAGCCGCCAUCUGUGCCGAGAACAAGUCCUGCGAGGUGCAGAACCACAAGCCAGUCUGCAUUUGCAUGCGCGACUGCCAGCCAUCCAUAUCGAUUUGCCUGCGCGACGCCGGCUGUCCGGCUAGCCAGGCUUGCCGGAAGCUCAAGUGCGUCGAUCCGUGCGAGUUUGCCACAUGCGCACCCAACUCGCCAUGCAUUGUCGAGGAUCACAAGCCGAUAUGUAAAUUCUGCCCAGCUGGAUUUAUAGCCGAUGCCAAGAAUGGAUGUCAAAAAGCAGCUAAGCCAGGUGGCAACUGUACCUCAAACGAAGAUUGCAGUCAAACGCACCAAUGUGGAUCGUCGGGAAAAUGUAUCGACCCCUGCCUCACUUCCUGUGCAGGCGGAGUUAAGUGUGUUGUAUUAGCACAUAGGGUUACUGUAUGUACUUGUCCAGCCACCUUAACAAACAACACAGAUUCGAACUGCACCUCGACAGACAUAACAGUCGAGACUACAACGCAAACAAUUGAACCGACAACGGACUUUAUUAACGUAAAAUACACUGUAAUGCAAUUGGCAAAUCAAACUGAAAUGAGAACCCGCUUUACCGAUAUAGAAGCCGAAAACGAAACAACAGGUCCUUACACAACCACAACUGAGUCCUACAAGACGACUAAGCAACUUUCUACUAACCCAGAAACAGAGGCACCCACAACUUUACCUUCAGUUACUCGACCAUUUACUGAUCAAACGACUGCAUUUACAAGUGAAAUUCCCACUAUAAGACCAAUCGAGGGAUCCACUCCCAGACAAUCACCUCUAGAAACCACUGUCGCAUUAAUUACCCCAGAAUCCUCCACAAAUGUGGAGAUUGGUCCAACGCCAGGAAAUGAACCAAAAAAUACUACCACAUCUGAGGCACCCACAACAUUACCUUCAGACACCACUACUCGAACUUACUCAGAACAAACGACUGAAUCUGCUAGAGACGUUCCAACCACCCGACCAUUUGAGGCGUCUACACCCAGUCGAGCAUCUCUGGAAACUACUGUUCCACCAAUCACUUCAGAAACUACCACAAUUGUUCCGAUCGGUUCAACACGUGGGCAAGUGACAAGAGUUGAAGAAUCUACACUUCCUUCAAUGUCAUUGGAUAGAACUACUCCAUCCGAAAGUCCUGAGACACCCACAACAUUACCUUCAGACACCACUACUCGAACUUACUCAGAACAAACGACUGAAUCUGCUAGAGACGUUCCAACCACCCGGCCAUUUGAGGCUUCUACUCCCAGUCCAGCAUCUCUGGAAACUACUGUUCCAUCAGUAACUUCAGAAAACACCACAAAUGUUCCGAUCGGUUCAACACGUGGGCAAGUGACAAGUGUUGAAGAAUCUACACUUCCUUCAAUGUCAAUGGAUAGAACUACUCCAUCCGAAAGUCCUGAGACACCCACAACAUUACCUUCAGACACCACUAUUCGAACUUACUCAGAACAAACGACUGAAUCUGCUAGAGACGUUCCAACCACCCGGCCAUUUGAGGCUUCUACUCCCAGUCGAGCAUCUCUGGAAACUACUAUUCCACCAAUCACUUCAGAAACUACCACAAAUGUUCCGAUCGGUUCAACACGUGGGCAAGUGACAAGAGUUGAAGAAUCUACACUUCCUUCAAUGUCAUUGGAUAGAACUACUCCAUCCGUAACUCCAGAGACACCCACAACAUUACCUUCAGACACCACUACUCGAACUUACUCAGAACAAACGACUGAAUCUGCUAGAGACGUUCCAACCACCCGGCCAUUUGAGGCUUCUACUCCCAGUCCAGCAUCUCUGGAAACUACUGUUCCAUCAGUAACUUCAGAAACCACCACAAAUGUUCCGAUCGGUUCAACACGUGGGCAAGUGACAAGUGUUGAAGAAUCUACACUUCCUUCAAUGUCAAUGGAUAGAACUACUCCAUCCGAAAGUCCUGAGACACCCACAACAUUACCUUCAGACACCACUACUCGAACUUACUCCGAAAAAACGACUGAAUCUGCUAGAGACGUUCCAACCACUCGGCCAUUUGAGGCAUCUACUCCCAGUCGAGCAUCUCUGGAAACUACUAUUCCACCAAUCACUUCAGAAACUACCACAAAUGUUCCGAUCGGUUCAACACGUGGGCAAGUGACAAGAGUUGAAGAAUCUACACUUCCUUCAAUGUCAUUGGAUAGAACUACUCCAUCCGUAACUCCAGAGACACCCACAACAUUACCUUCAGACACCACUACUCGAACUUACUCAGAACAAACGACUGAAUCAGCUAGAGACGUUCCAACCACCCGGCCAUUUGAGGCUUCUACUCCCAGUCCAGCAUCUCUGAAAACUACUGUUCCAUCAGUAACUUCAGAAACCACCACAAAUGUUCCGAUCGGUUCAACACGUGGGCAAGUGACAAGUGUUGAAGAAUCUACACUUCCUUCAAUGUCAAUGGAUAGAACUACUCCAUCCGAAAGUCCUGAGACACCCACAACAUUACCUUCAGACACCACUACUCGAACUUACUCAGAACAAACGACUGAAUCUGCUAGAGACGUUCCAACCACUCGGCCAUUUGAGGCAUCUACUCCCAGUCGAGUAUCUCUGGAAACUACUAUUCCACCAAUCACUUCAGAAACUACCACAAAUGUUCCGAUCGGUUCAACACGUGGGCAAGUGACAAGAGUUGAAGAAUCUACACUUCCUUCAAUGUCAUUGGAUAGAACUACUCCAUCCGUAACUCCAGAGACACCCACAACAUUACCUUCAGACACCACUACUCGAACUUACUCAGAACAAACGACUGAAUCUGCUAGAGACGUUCCAACCACCCGGCCAUUUGAGGCUUCUACUCCCAGUCCAGCAUCUCUGAAAACUACUGUUCCAUCAGUAACUUCAGAAACCACCACAAAUGUUCCGAUCGGUUCAACACGUGGGCAAGUGACAAGUGUUGAAGAAUCUACACUUCCUUCAAUGUCAAUGGAUAGAACUACUCCAUCCGAAAGUCCUGAGACACCCACAACAUUACCUUCAGACACCACUACUCGAACUUACUCAGAACAAACGACUGAAUCUGCUAGAGACGUUCCAACCACCCGGCCAUUUGAGGCUUCUACUCCCAGUCCAGCAUCUCUGGAAACUACUGUUCCAUCAGUAACUUCAGAAACCACCACAAAUGUUCCGAUCGGUUCAACACGUGGGCAAGUGACAAGUGUUGAAGAAUCUACACUUCCUUCAAUGUCAAUGGACAGAACUACUCCAUCCGAAAGUCCUGAGACACCCACAACAUUACGUUCAGACACCACUACUCGAACUUACUCAGAACAAACAACUGAAUCUACUAGAGACGUUCCAACCACCCGGCCAUUUGAGGCGUCUACACCCAGUCGAGCAUCUCUGGAAACUACUGUUCCAUCAGUAACUUCAGAAACCACCACAAAUGUUCCGAUCGGUUCAACACGUGGGCAAGUGACAAGAGUUGAAGAAUCUACACUUCCUUCAAUGUCAUUGGAUAGAACUACUCCAUCCGAAAGUCCUGAGACACCCACAACAUUACCUUCAGACACCACUACUCGAACUUACUCAGAACAAACAACUGAAUCUACUAGAGACGUUCCAACCACCCGGCCAUUUGAGGCGUCUACACCCAGUCGAGCAUCUCUGGAAACUACUGUUCAGCCAAUCACUUCAGAAACUACCAGGAAUAUUCCGAUCGGUUCAACACGUGGGCAAGUGACAAGAGUUGAAGAAUCUACACUUCCUUCAAUGUCAUUGGAUAGAACUACUCCAUCCGAAAGUCCUGAGACACCCACAACAUUACCUUCAGACACCACUACUCGAACUUACUCAGAACAAACGACUGAAUCUGCUAGAGACGUUCCAACCACCCGGCCAUUUGAGGCUUCUACUCCCAGUCCAGCAUCUCUGGAAACUACUGUUCCAUCAGUAACUUCAGGAACCACCACAAAUGUUCCGAUCGGUUCAACACGUGGGCAAGUGACAAGUGUUGAAGAAUCUACACUUCCUUCAAUGUCAACGGAUAGAACUACUCCAUCCGAAAGUCCUGAGACACCCACAACAUUACCUUCAGGCACCACGACUCGAACUUACUCAGAACAAACGACUGAAUCUGCUAGAGACGUUCCAACCACCCGGCCAUUUGAGGCUUCUACUCCCAGUCCAGCAUCUCUGGAAACUACUGUUCCAUCAGUAACUUCAGAAACCACCACAAAUGUUCCGAUCGGUUCAACACGUGGGCAAGUGACAAGUGUUGAAGAAUCUACACUUCCUUCAAUGUCAACGGAUAGAACUACUCCAUCCGAAAGUCCUGAGACACCCACAACAUUACCUUCAGACACCACUACUCGAACUUACUCAGAACAAACGACUGAAUCUGCUAGAGACGUUCCAACCACCCGGCCAUUUGAGGCUUCUACUCCCAGUCCAGCAUCUCUGGAAACUACUGUUCCAUCAGUAACUUCAGAAACCACCACAAAUGUUCCGAUCGGUUCAACACGUGGGCAAGUGACAAGUGUUGAAGAAUCUACACUUCCUUCAAUGUCAAUGGAUAGAACUACUCCAUCCGAAAGUCCUGAGACACCCACAACAUUACCUUCAGACACCACUACUCGAACUUACUCAGAACAAACAACUGAAUCUACUAGAGACGUUCCAACCACCCGGCCAUUUGAGGCGUCUACACCCAGUCGAGCAUCUCUGGAAACUACUGUUCCAUCAGUAACUUCAGAAACCACCACAAAUGUUCCGAUCGGUUCAACACGUGGGCAAGUGACAAGAGUUGAAGAAUCUACACUUCCUUCAAUGUCAUUGGAUAGAACUACUCCAUCCGAAAGUCCUGAGACACCCACAACAUUACCUUCAGACACCACUACUCGAACUUAUUCAGAACAAACAACUGAAUCUACUAGAGACGUUCCAACCACCCGGCCAUUUGAGGCGUCUACACCCAGUCGAGCAUCUCUGGAAACUACUGUUCAGCCAAUCACUUCAGAAACUACCAGGAAUAUUCCGAUCGGUUCAACACGUGGGCAAGUGACAAGAGUUGAAGAAUCUACACUUCCUUCAAUGUCAUUGGAUAGAACUACUCCAUCCGAAAGUCCUGAGACACCCACAACAUUACCUUCAGACACCACUACUCGAACUUACUCAGAACAAACGACUGAAUCUGCUAGAGACGUUCCAACCACCCGGCCAUUUGAGGCUUCUACUCCCAGUCCAGCAUCUCUGGAAACUACUGUUCCAUCAGUAACUUCAGGAACCACCACAAAUGUUCCGAUCGGUUCAACACGUGGGCAAGUGACAAGUGUUGAAGAAUCUACACUUCCUUCAAUGUCAACGGAUAGAACUACUCCAUCCGAAAGUCCUGAGACACCCACAACAUUACCUUCAGGCACCACGACUCGAACUUACUCAGAACAAACGACUGAAUCUGCUAGAGACGUUCCAACCACCCGGCCAUUUGAGGCUUCCACUCCCAGUCCAGCAUCUCUGGAAACUACUGUUCCAUCAGUAACUUCAGGAACCACCACAAAUGUUCCGAUCGGUUCAACACGUGGGCAAGUGACAAGUGUUGAAGAAUCUACACUUCCUUCAAUGUCAACGGAUAGAACUACUCCAUCCGAAAGUUCUGAGACACCCACAACAUUACCUUCAGACACCACUACUCGAACUUACUCAGAACAAACAACUGAAUCUACUAGAGACGUUCCAACCACCCGGCCAUUUGAGGCGUCUACACCCAGUCGAGCAUCUCUGGAAACUACUGUUCCACCAAUCACUUCAGAAACUACCAUAAAUAUUCAAAUCGGUUCAACACGUGGGCAAGUGACAAGAGUUGAAGAAUCUACACUUCCUUCAAUGUCAUUGGAUAGAACUUCUCCAUCCGUAACUCCAGAGACCCCCACAACAUUACCUUCAGACACCACUACUCGAACUUACUCAGAACAAACGACUGAAUCUACUAGAGACGUUCCAACCACCCGGCCAUUUGAGGCAUCUACUCCCAGUCGAGCAUCUCUGGAAACUACUGUUCAGCCAAUCACUUCAGAAACUACCAGAAAUAUUCCGAUCGGUUCAACACGUGGGCAAGUGACAAGAGUUGAAGAAUCUACACUUCCUUCAAUGUCAUUGGAUAGAACUACUCCAUCCGAAAGUCCUAAGACACCCACAACAUUACCUUCAGACACCACUACUCGAACUUACUCAGAACAAACGACUGAAUCUAGUAGAGACGUUCCAACCACCCGGCCAUUUGAGGCAUCUACUCCCAGUCGAGCAUCUCUGGAAACUACUGUUCCACCAAUCACUUCAGAAACUACCACAAAUGUUCCAAUCGGCUCAACACGUGGGCAAGUGACAAAAGUUGAAGAAUCUACACUUCCUUCAAUGUCAACGGAUAGAACUACUCCAUCCGAAAGUUCUGAGACACCCACAACAUUACCUUCAGACACCACUACUCGAACUUACUCAGAACAAACGACUGAAUCUACUAGAGACGUUCCAACCACCCGGCCAUUUGAGGCAUCUACUCCCAGUCGAGCAUCUCUGGGAACUACUGUUCAGCCAAUCACUUCAGAAACUACCAGAAAUAUUCCGAUCGGUUCAACACGUGGGCAAGUGACAAGAGUUGAAGAAUCUACACUUCCUUCAAUGUCAUUGGAUAGAACUACUCCAUCCGAAAGUCCUGAGACACCCACAACAUUACCUUCAGACACCACUACUCGAACUUACUCAGAACAAACGACUGAAUCUACUAGAGACGUUACAACCACCCGGCCAUUUGAGGCAUCUACUCCCAGUCCAGCAUCUCUGGAAACUACUGUUCAGCCAAUCACUUCAGAAACUACCAGGAAUAUUCCGAUCGGUUCAACACGUGGGCAAGUGACAAGAGUUGAAGAAUCUACACUUCCUUCAAUGUCAUUGGAUAGAACUACUCCAUCCGAAAGUCCUGAGACACCCACAACAUUACCUUCAGACACCACGACUCGAACUUACUCAGAACAAACGACUGAAUCUGCUAGAGACGUUCCAACCCCCCGGCCAUUUGAGGCGUCUACACCCAGUCGAGCAUCUCUGGAAACUACUGUUCCACCAAUCACUUCAGAAACUACCAGAAAUAUUCAAAUCGGUUCAACACGUGGGCAAGUGACAAGAGUUGAAGAAUCUACACUUCCUUCAAUGUCAUUGGAUAGAACUUCUCCAUCCGUAACUCCAGAGACACCCACAACAUUACCUUCAGACACCACUACUCGAACUUACUCAGAACAAACGACUGAAUCUACUAGAGACGUUCCAACCACCCGGCCAUUUGAGGCAUCUACUCCCAGUCGAGCAUCUCUGGAAACUACUGUUCAGCCAAUCACUUCAGAAACUACCAGAAAUAUUCCGAUCGGUUCAACACUUGGGCAAGUGACAAGAGUUGAAGAAUCUACACUUCCUUCAAUGUCAUUGGACAGAACUACUCCAUCCGAAAGUCCUGAGACACCCACAACAUUACCUUCAGACACCACUACUCGAACUUACUCAGAACAAACGACUGAAUCUACUAGAGACGUUCCAACCACCCGGCCAUUUGAGGCAUCUACUCCCAGUCGAGCAUCUCUGGAAACUACUGUUCCAUCAGUAACUUCAGAAACCACCACAAAUGUUCCGAUCGGUUCAACACGUGGGCAAGUGACAAGAGUUGAAGAAUCUACACUUCCUUCAAUGUCAACGGAUAGAACUACUCCAUCCGAAAGUCCUGAGACACCCACAACAUUACCUUCAGGCACCACUACUCGAACUUACUCAGAACAAACAACUGAAUCUACUAGAGACGUUCCAACCACCCGGCCAUUUGAGGCUUCUACUUCCAGUCCAGCAUCUCUGGAAACUACUGUUCCAUCAGUAACUUCAGAGACCACCACAAAUGUUCCGAUCGGUUCAACACGUGGGCAAGUGACAAGUGUUGAAGAAUCUACACUUCCUUCAAUGUCAACGGAUAGAACUACUCCAUCCGAAAGUCCUGAGACACCCACAAGAUUACCUUCAGACACCACUACUCGAACUUACUCAGAACAAACAACUGAAUCUACUAGAGACGUUCCAACCACCCGGCCAUUUGAGGCUUCUACUCCCAGUCCAGCAUCUCUGGAAACUACUGUUCCAUCAGUAACUUCAGAAACCACCACAAAUGUUCCGAUCGGUUCAACACGUGGGCAAGUGACAAGUGUUGAAGAAUCUACACUUCCUUCAAUGUCAACGGAUAGAACUACUCCAUCCGAAAGUCCUGAGACACCCACAAGAUUACCUUCAGGCACCACUACUCGAACUUACUCAGAACAAACGACUGAAUCUGCUAGAGACGUUCCAACCACCCGGCCAUUUGAGGCUUCUACUCCCAGUCCAGCAUCUCUGGAAACUACUGUUCCAUCAGUAACUUCAGAAAUCACCACAAAUAUUCCGAUCGGUUCAACACGUGGGCAAGUGACAAGAGUUGAAGAAUCUACACUUCCUUCAAUGUCAACGGAUAGAACUACUCCAUCCGAAAGUCCUGAGACACCCACAACAUUACCUUCAGACACCACUACUCGAACAUACUCAGAACAAACAACUGAAUCUACUAGAGACGUUCCAACCACCCGGCCAUUUGAGGCUUCUACUCCCAGUCCAGCAUCUCUGGAAACUACUGUUCCAUCAGUAACUUCAGAAACCACCACAAAUGUUCCGAUCGGUUCAACACGUGGGCAAGUGACAAGUGUUGAAGAAUCUACACUUCCUUCAAUGUCAACGGAUAGAACUACUCCAUCCGAAAGUCCUGAGACACCCACAAGAUUACCUUCAGGCACCACUACUCGAACUUACUCAGAACAAACGACUGAAUCUGCUAGAGACGUUCCAACCACCCGGCCAUUUGAGGCUUCUACUCCCAGUCCAGCAUCUCUGGAAACUACUGUUCCAUCAGUAACUUCAGAAACCACCACAAAUGUUCCGAUCGGUUCAACACGUGGGCAAGUGACAAGUGUUGAAGAAUCUACACUUCCUUCAAUGUCAACGGAUAGAACUACUCCAUCCGAAAGUCCUGAGACACCCACAAGAUUACCUUCAGGCACCACUACUCGAACUUACUCAGAACAAACGACUGAAUCUGCUAGAGACGUUCCAACCACCCGGCCAUUUGAUGCUUCUACUCCCAGUCCAGCAUCUCUGGAAACUACUGUUCCAUCAGUAACUUCAGAAAUCACCACAAAUAUUCCGAUCGGUUCAACACGUGGGCAAGUGACAAGUGUUGAAGAAUCUACACUUCCUUCAAUGUCAACGGAUAGAGCUACUCCAUCCGAAAGUCCUGAGACACCCACAACAUUACCUUCAGACACCACUACUCGAACUUACUCAGAACAAACAACUGAAUCUGCUAGAGACGUUCCAACCACCCGGCCAUUUGAGGCUUCUACUCCCAGUCCAGCAUCUCUGGAAACUACUGUUCCAUCAGUAACUUCAGUAACCACCACAAAUGUUCCGAUCGGUUCAACACGUGGGCAAGUGACAAGUGUUGAAGAAUCUACACUUCCUUCAAUGUCAACGGAUAGAACUACUCCAUCCGAAAGUCCUGAGACACCCACAACAUUACCUUCAGACACCACUACUCGAACUUACUCAGAACAAACAACUGAAUCUGCUAGAGACGUUCCAACCACCCGGCCAUUUGAGGCUUCUACUCCCAGUCCAGCAUCUCUGGAAACUACUGUUCCAUCAGUAACUUCAGAGACCACCACAAAUGUUCCGAUCGGUUCAACACGUGGGCAAGUGACAAGUGUUGAAGAAUUUACACUUCCUUCAAUGUCAACGGAUAGAACUACUCCAUCCGAAAGUCCUGAGACACCCACAACAUUACCUUCAGACACCACUACUCGAACUUACUCAGAACAAACAACUGAAUCUGCUAGAGACGUUCCAACCACCCGGCCAUUUGAGGCUUCUACUCCCAGUCCAGCCUCUCUGGAAACUACUGUUCCAUCAGUAACUUCAGAAACCACCACAAAUGUUCCGAUCGGUUCAACACGUGGGCAAGUGACAAGUGUUGAAGAAUCUACACUUCCUUCAAUGUCAACGGAUAGAACUACUCCAUCCGAAAGUCAUGAGACACCCACAACAUUACCUUCAGACACCACUACUCGAACUUACUCAGAACAAACAACUGAAUCUACUAGAGACGUUCCAACCACCCGGCCAUUUGAGGCAUCUACUCCCAGUCGAGCAUCUCUGGAAACUACUGUUCCACCAAUCACUUCAGAAGCUACUACAAAUGUUCCGAUCGGUUCAACACGUGGACAAGUGACAGAACAGACUACCACAGCUCCUAGCGAAGUCAGAACAACUGAAACUAUAGUGGAAUCUACUCUUCCUGCAGUUUUACCCAAUACAACUAUUCCAUCCACAGGAGUACCUUUAGAGUCAACUACUCGACUGUAUACUGACCAAACAGUUCCACUUGGAUCAACGGACAGAACAAUUUCAUCCGAGAGACCGGAUGAAAGCACUAGAUUAACCAGUGAAGAAUCAACAGAAACUACUAGGGCAGUACCAACUGUGAGCCCAGGGGACACGACCGUUCCUUCAUUAACCGCAGAAACAACCAAAACUACUUCUGGUGGUACACCACGAGGACAAGUGACAGAACGGACUACCAAAUCUGUCAGCGAAUUAACGACUGGACGCCCAAGGGACGAAGUGACGGAACGUACUAUGCCAAGUAAUAUUCCGUCAACUACGACUGUUUUACCCGUUUUCAGCAAUUCGGAACCCGUUUCGGAUAAUUUGCCAACUACGAUAAGCAUUACAGUGACAGAUAGCCCAACGACAGUACCUGUACCGACUUGUAAAACAGACUAUGACUGCUUGGACGAUCAGACCUGUAUUGGCGGACAGUGCAUAUCGCCCUGUGAAUACUUCAGUAAUCUCUGCACUGUGCAGAAUCUGACCAUUUGUCGUACAUUGAACCACACCACAAAGUGCUACUGUGAUACCGACGAUGAUGUAAAUAGACCCGAUUGCUCUAUGAAAGCAGAGAUUGGAUGCGCAUCGAGUGAUGAGUGCCCGUCCCAGCAGGCGUGCAUUAAUGCUCUUUGUGUGGAUCCUUGCACCUUUAACAAUCCCUGCAGCCGUAAUGAAGAUUGCCGAGUUUUCAACCACCAGCCAUUGUGCUCAGCCGAGCAUGGUCGCACGCCUGGAUGCGAGCAUUGUCCACCAGGCGCGAACUGCGAUCCAACAACCGGUGCUUGUAUAAAGGCUAAUGUAACAAUAACAACUAUUACUACCAAGAACUCCACAUCUACCAAGAUACCAACGAAACCAAGAACAACAGCUAACCCAAACACAGGCGUCAAAACGACGCCGACAACCACAAGGGUCACCACAAGAAAUACCACCACGACCACAACCACUACUACCACUUCCUCUACUAGCACUGAAUCGAGCACAAUCACAAGCGCUACUAACCAGACCAGUAAGAACCAAAAACCAGACACUGAAAGCACCACCUCCCACACCGAUGCCACGAGGCGGUAUCGCGAUGGUGAGAACAAUAUCACCGAUACUCCGACACCGAGGCCCACGAUCCAGACUACCACGCUGCGAGGCGAAGGUGUCAUGGGUGACAGUCAGAGGCGGUCCACUACGACGCCCAAAAUGAAGACCACCCGGCUGGAUACUUCCAACGAGGUACCAGAUACCACAUCGCCGUGGCCGAUAGAGCUUCCCACCACGGAGGGCACCACCACGGAAGUCUACAACACAAUGAUUGCCCCGGUGGUCAACACCACUGACACCUCAUUAAUUAACCCAUGUACAGUAGAUACUAAUUGUGCCCCUAACGAGCACUGCAAGCUGGGCCAUUGCCGUAAAAAAGAACCGCCGGGUUCACCGAAAACACCCGAACCCUGUCAAUCUAACAACGACUGCAUUGAGAGCGAGGCCUGUUACAUGGGUCUGUGCCAGGAUCCUUGUGAGUUUGCCAAGAUCUGUGCCGCGACUGCCAAGUGCACGGCCAAGAGUCAUCGACCAGUGUGCACCUGUCCGCAGGGCCAUGAGGGCAAUCCGAUGGUCAAAUGUGUAACCACUCAAACCUCAAUUGAAUGCACCGACGAUUCGGACUGCGGUGUCACGGAAGCGUGCAUCAACCAACUUUGCCAGCAUCCUUGCGAUGUCCACGAUCCUUGCGCGACCAAUGCUGUUUGCAUCAACAGCAACCACGCAGCUGACUGCAGUUGUGCGGAUGGCUUCCAGGGCAAUGGAUUUGUUGGCUGUCAGCCAGCACGUUCUCAUGUCUGCCAAUACAACGAGGACUGUCCACCGACGAAGCUCUGCGAUCGCCUGAACCGCCGCUGCAUCAGUCCCUGCCAAGAGGACUCUUGCGGCGAGAAUGCCGAGUGCAUACCCGUGAACCAUGGCACUGACUGCCGCUGCCUGCCCGGAUUCCUGGGCAAUGCCUACGUGCAGUGUCUUCCUAGCCAGGGAUGCCGCUCCGAUUCCGAAUGCGAUUCGAGUCAGGCCUGCAUCAACGGAAAGUGUUCAUCGCCCUGCCAGUGUGGAGCCUAUGCCCUCUGCGAUGUGGUUAAUCAUCGUGGUGUUUGCAAGUGCCCUCCAGGCUACAACGGAAAUCCCCAGGUGGGCUGCAGUCCGCCUCAAGAUCCAUGCGACCCCAAUCCAUGUGGCUUAAAUGCCUUGUGCGAACUGGACAAUGGCAACCCCAUCUGCUACUGCCCGAAGGGUCUUACCGGAAAUCCGUUCAAAAAUUGCAUUCCUGAGGGAGAUGAGUGCACACCGAAUCCCUGUGGUCCCAACUCUGGAUGUCGUCGGGUAGGUGGAAACCCGGUGUGCUUCUGCCUACCGGAAUAUGAGGGUCAACCACCGUCGAUUCCUUGUGAGCUACCUUCGAAUCCCUGCGAUCCAUCGCCUUGCGGACCGAAUACUCAAUGCUCUGUGCUCAGCAACGGUUUCUCCAAGUGCACCUGUCUGCCGAACUAUGUGGAGAGUCCGAACACCAUCCGUGGAUGUGUUGAACCCAUUAACCCGUGUGACCCGAACCCUUGUGGAACUGGUGCAAUCUGCGAUUCAUCACGUCAGCCCGUGUGUUACUGUCCGGACAACAAGAUUGGCAAUCCUUUCAGGCUAUGCGACAAACCUGCAGUUACUAUUGAACUUUGCCAGCCAGGACCAUGUGGCCGAAACGCCGAGUGCUAUGUGGCUGGAAAUCGAGAGGAGUGCUACUGCCGCUCAGGAUAUGUGGGAGAUGCCUACCAGGGAUGCCGUGAACCGAGUCGCACCGUUUGCGACCCCAAUCCUUGUGGACCCAAUGCCAACUGCGUUGUGGCUGGCGACGGACAAACGGCAUGCGUUUGUCCUGACGGUUUGUCAGGAGAUCCCACGUCCGUUAUUGGCUGCCAUGGCUACGAAUGCCAGGUGGAUGCCGAUUGUCCGAACAGCAAGGCCUGCAUGGGCUACCGCUGCUACGAUCCCUGUCCAGGAGCAUGUGGCCAAGGCGCUCACUGCCAAGUGGAGGAACAUCACCCAGUUUGUUCUUGUAACUCCGGUUUGACUGGCAACCCCGGAAUUCGCUGCUAUGCUUUGGACCAUCCUAAGACGAAUCCUUGCGUUCCAAGCCCUUGUGGCCGAAACAGCGAGUGCAAGUUGCUGAAUAACCGCGCUGUUUGUUCAUGCAUCCCAGGUUACUUGGGCGAUCCUCAAUCGGGAUGCCAGCCUGAGUGCGACAUUAACUCGGAUUGUGGUGAUACCUUGUCUUGCAUUAACCACAAGUGCGUGGAUCCCUGUGCCGGAGCGAUCUGUGGAAUUAAUGCCAUCUGUAAUGUGCGCCAGCAUACGCCAGUAUGUCUUUGCCUAGACGGCUUCGUCGGCGACGCCUUUUUGCAGUGCGUUCCUAUUGGAAUACUGAAGAACGUUUCUCGGGAUCCUUGCGCACCGUCGCCCUGUGGACCUCACGACGUUUGUUCAGUGUAUGGUGAUGGAGUGGCCCUUUGUGAUCCCUGCUUUGGACCUAAUGCCCAGCAGAAUCCCCGUUGCCGACCCGAGUGCGUGGGCAAUUCGGAUUGUCCGUUUGAUCGCGCCUGUUUGGGCCAGCGUUGUCUGGAUCCCUGUCCCGGAUCCUGUGGCCGGAAUGCUAUAUGUAAUGUCUACGAGCAUAACCCCGUAUGCGCUUGUCCCACAGGACUAUUUGGUAAUCCGUACGAACAGUGCACAACUAAGUCGGUGGUCGAGACGCCACCACAACCCAGCUGCGCUAAGCUCCAUUGCGGUGCCAAUGCGGAAUGCAAGCGUCAGCACAGCGGUCUGGCCUGCGUCUGUCGUAAGGGUUACUUCGGAGACCCACAUAUUGGCUGUCGACCAGAAUGUGUUCUUAACAGUGACUGCCCCGCUGAAAAGGCUUGCUUGAACUCAAAGUGCGUGGAAGCGUGUACAGGAGUGUGUGGCGUUAAUGCCGUUUGCCGUGUGGUUAACCAUGCGCCAGUUUGCAUAUGUGCCGAGGGAUAUAGUGGAGACGCCUCUAUUGCCUGCAAUCCAUUCUACCUGCCACCUCCAGAGCGACCUCAUCCGUGUGAGCCAUCGCCAUGCGGACCAAACUCCCGAUGCAAGGCCACCCCUGAUGGCUAUGCAGCCUGUUCCUGCCUGCCGAACUUCAAAGGAGCUCCACCAGUCUGUCAGCCAGAGUGUGUGGUUAGCUCGGAGUGUGCUCCCAACCAGGCAUGUCUGAAUCAGAGGUGCGCAGAUCCAUGCCCAGGCAUUUGCGGUGGUGGAGCUCGCUGCGAAGUGUUGAACCAUAACCCCAUCUGCUCCUGUGAAGCCAACUUCGAGGGUGAUCCGUUUGUGGCGUGCUCACCCAUUCAGGAUCCAGGUCGCGACAUCCCUGUGCCAAAGAACCCGUGCGUGCCAUCUCCUUGCGGACCCAACUCCAUAUGCCAGAUUAAGCAAAACCGACCAGUCUGCUCCUGUGUGGCCAACUAUAUCGGCAGCCCGCCGUAUUGCCGACCGGAGUGCACGCUGAGCAGUGAGUGCCCAUCGGACAAGGCCUGCAUCAACGAAAAGUGCCAGAAUCCGUGUGCCAACGUAUGUGGACACAAUGCCCGUUGUACGGUCAUCGCCCACUCCGCCCACUGCAGUUGCGACGAGGACUACGAGGGAGAUGCCUUCAUUGGUUGCUCUAAAAAGAUUACAGAAAGGCCCGGUGAUCACAUUGAUCCAUGCUACCCUAACCCAUGUGCCGAGAACGCUGUUUGCACGCCUUACAAUAAUGCCGCGCGCUGUACCUGCAUUGAGCCCUACAAUGGCGAUCCUUACAGUACCGGAUGUCGACCGGAAUGUAUCUACAGCUCUGAGUGCCCCUCAUCACUGGCCUGUAUCAAGCAGCACUGUCGCGAUCCUUGCACGGCUGCUUGUGGAGCGAAUGCCGAAUGUACGGUGGUCAACCACUUGCCCUCUUGCAGUUGCUCCAGAGGAUUUGAGGGUAAUCCGUUUGACGGAUGCAAGCGGGUGGUCGUUGUCCGACCCGAAACCGUGUGCGAGCCCAAUCCUUGUGGGCCGAACAGCAUUUGUCGCUCUGUAGAGGGACAUCCCACGUGCAGUUGCCAAGUCGGUUACUUCGGAGCUCCGCCGCAGUGCAGACCCGAAUGUGUGGUCAGCUCGGAGUGUGCGCAGCAUUUGGCCUGCAUAAACCAAAAGUGUAUGGAUCCAUGUGUGGGCACAUGUGGAUUCAACGCUAAAUGUCAAGUCAACAACCACAACCCUAUUUGCUCCUGUCCAGCCAACUAUGAGGGAAAUCCAUUUGAGCAAUGUGUGCCCAAACCUGCAGAACCACAUCGCAACGUGGAUCCUUGCCUGCCCAGCCCAUGCGGUUCCAAUUCCAUUUGUCGAAAUGUGAACAAUAGGGCAGAGUGCUCUUGUGCCCCAGGAAUGUUUGGAGCACCACCUAAUUGUCGACCAGAAUGUGUGAUUAACCAGGAUUGCCCAUCAAAUCGAGCUUGUAUACGGCAGCGGUGCGAGGAUCCUUGCAUUGGCAUUUGCGGCUUCAAUGCCGUGUGCUCCACGCAGAACCACCAGCCCAAGUGCAGUUGCAUUGAAAGCUUUGAGGGUGAUCCGUACACCGCCUGCAGAAUGCGUGAGAUUGCCCCGCCGGACGAGACGAGAAAUCCCUGCAAUCCUAGCCCCUGCGGAGCAAAUGCCAUCUGCCGGGAGCGCAAUGGAGCUGGCUCUUGCGCCUGCCUGCCCGAGUACUUUGGUGAUCCGUACAGUGGUUGCCGACCGGAAUGUGUCCAGAACGACGACUGCGACCGCUCGCGUGCCUGUAUCAACAACAAGUGCCAGGAUCCGUGUCCCGGAGCCUGCGGCAUUAACGCUGAAUGCAGAGUUUUGAAUCACGGACCGAACUGCAACUGUUUCGAUGGCUACACUGGAGAUCCGCAUCGCUCGUGCUCGUUGAUCGAGGUGGUCACCAUUCGACCGGAGCCAUGCAAGCCAUCACCCUGCGGACCGUACAGCCAGUGCUUGGACACCAACAGUCAUGCGGUGUGCAGCUGCUUGGAGGGCUACAUUGGAGCACCGCCUAGCUGCAAACCGGAAUGUGUGGUGAGCUCGGAGUGUCCACAAAACAGGGCUUGCAUUAACCAGAAGUGCGAGGAUCCUUGUCGAGGAUCGUGCGGCAAUAAUGCUAAAUGCCAAGUGGUCAACCACAACCCCAUCUGUACCUGCCAGCCUGGCAUGACAGGUGAUCCGAUUUCGGGAUGUGAGCCCAUGCCUGAAGUCAAGAACGUGGAGAAUCCGUGUGUGCCGUCCCCAUGUGGACCCAACUCUGUUUGUCGACAGAUUGGAAACCAGGCAGCUUGUUCCUGUAACACUGGCUAUAUUGGACGCCCACCCACUUGCCGACCGGAAUGCACAAACAAUGACGAGUGCCAGAACCAUCUUUCCUGUCAGCAGGAGCGCUGCGUGGAUCCAUGCCCCGGUUCAUGUGGUAGCAACGCCAUCUGCCAGGUGGUGCAGCACAAUGCUGUAUGCUCCUGCGCCGAUGGAUACGAGGGAGAGCCACUCUUUGGUUGUCAGCUGAUUCCAGCUGUGACGCCCACAGAGUCACCAUCCUCGCCCUGCGAGCCAUCACCAUGUGGUCCUCAUGCCGAGUGUCGGGAAAGGAAUGGAGCUGGAGCUUGCUACUGUCACGAUGGAUUCGAGGGUAAUCCGUACGAUGUCCAACGAGGAUGCCGACGAGAGUGCGAGAAUAACGAUGACUGUACUGCUGUCCAAGCCUGCUCUCGAUUCAAGUGCGUCGAUCCAUGCAACAAUAUCUGCGGAGACUAUGCCAUUUGCACAGUCGACAAACAUGUGCCCACUUGUGACUGCCCGCCUGGAUACACUGGAGAUCCGUUCUUCAGCUGCAAACCCGUGCCGGUCACACCGCGUCCUCCGAUCAACCCAUGCAAUCCAUCUCCAUGUGGACCCAACAGCAAUUGUCGGGCCAUGAACAACCAGGCAGUGUGUUCCUGCCAGGCAGGAUUCAUCAACCAGCCACCCAACUGCAAACCGGAAUGCGUGGUCAGUGCGGAAUGUGCUCCGGAAAAAGCCUGCGUACACAAAAAGUGCGUUGAUCCCUGUCAGCAUACCUGCGGCAUCCGGGCCAUCUGCACCACCAAAAACCACAGCCCCAUCUGCACGUGUCCCCGGACAAUGACUGGAGAUCCUUUCGUUGAGUGCACUAGAGUUGCAAUCACCAAUGACAAUACAACACCGUCGCCGGCUCCAGCAUCCUGUGUGCCUUCGCCUUGUGGACCCAAUGCCAAGUGCCAGAUCGUGGGCAAUAGUCCGGCAUGCUCCUGCCUGCCGAACUUCAUCGGGGCUCCGCCUCGCUGUCGCCCGGAGUGCGUCUUGAACUCGGAAUGUGGACCCACAGAGGCAUGCAUAAACCAAAAGUGCGCAGAUCCCUGCUCUGGAUCGUGCGGAUUUGAGGCCAAGUGCCAUGUGCUCAAUCACCUGCCCAUUUGCAACUGCAUUGAGGGCUACGAGGGAGAUCCGUUCGUGCGUUGCACCAAGAAGGAAGAAGAUAGAUCUCCUCCACUCCCGAAUGACCCGUGCAACCCGAGCCCGUGCGGACAAAAUGCGGAUUGCUUUGCCGGAGAGUGCCGCUGCCAAAAUAACUACCAAGGCAAUGCCUACGAGGGAUGUCGUCCGGAAUGCACGCUCUCCGCGGACUGUCCUAGGGACAAGGCCUGUAUGCGAAACCGCUGUGUGGAUCCCUGUCCAGGAAUCUGCGGUACCAAUGCCGUGUGCGAGGUGAUGAACCACAUUCCGGUGUGCUCGUGCGUCAAGGGUUACGAAGGUGACCCGUUCGUCAACUGCCGUGUGAAACCUGUCGUGGAGGAUCCUAUUAUUGAGGCCUGCUCCCCAUCGCCAUGCGGUGCCAACAGUCAGUGUCGCGACGUUAACGGACAUGCAGUUUGCUCUUGCCUGGAAGGUUAUAUCGGAACACCACCCCAGUGUCGUCCCGAGUGUGUGGUGUCCAGCGAGUGCUCCGCCUUACAAGCUUGUGUCAACAAGAAGUGCGUAGAUCCAUGCGCCGCUGCUUGUGGUCUGGAGGCCCGCUGUGAGGUCAUCAAUCAUAGUCCGAUUUGUGGCUGCCCACCUGGCCGAACUGGAGAUCCGUUCAAGCAAUGCGUUGUCCUGCCACCGAUUGCUGUUCCAGACGUAAAGUCACCUCCUCAAGAUCCUUGCGUGCCAUCCCCCUGCGGACCCAACUCGAUCUGCAAGAAUGAUAGGAACGGCCCCGUCUGCCAAUGCCAACCAGAAUUCUUUGGCUCGCCGCCCAACUGUCGACCCGAGUGCAUCAUCAAUCCGGACUGUCAAUCUACACAGGCGUGUAUCAACAACAAAUGCAGCAACCCAUGCCCAGAAUCAUGCGGAACCAAUGCCGAGUGUCGUGUCAUUGGACACGCUGUGUCCUGCUCUUGUCCAACGGGAUACGCCGGCAACGCUUUCGUUCAGUGUGUGCCGCAGCAAGAGGAGCCACCGAAGCCUUGCCAGCCAUCGCCAUGUGGUCCAAAUGCCGAGUGCAUUGAACGUAACGGAGCCGCUGCCUGCAAAUGUAUUGAUGAAUACCAGGGUAACCCGUACGAGGGUUGUCGUCCCGAGUGCGUACUGAGUUCAGAUUGUCCCACGGACAAGACGUGCAUCCGCAACAAGUGCCAGGAUCCUUGCCCAGGCAUCUGUGGAUUGAACGCCCAGUGCUAUGCUGUGAACCACGUGCCCAACUGUGUCUGCAACGAUGGCUAUACUGGAGAUCCGUUCGCCAGUUGUCGCCGAGUUGAGGUAACAACUCCACCACCAGUUUCGGAUCCUUGCAUUCCAUCUCCUUGUGGAGCCAAUAGCAAAUGUAGGGUUGCAAAUGGCUUAGCCGUUUGCUCAUGCUUGGAUACAUUCAUUGGAGCCCCACCAAAUUGCAAACCAGAGUGCACGGUCAAUGCCGAGUGUCCUUCGAAUAGGGCGUGCCACAAGUUCCGUUGCGCAAAUCCUUGCGCCAAGACGUGUGGCCUGAAUGCCAAGUGUGAAGUGAUCAACCAUAAUCCCAUCUGCAGUUGUCCUCUGGACAUGACUGGUGAUCCAUUUGCUCGCUGCUACCCAGCUCCGCCACCGCCGCCACCAGGACCCAAGGAUGAGCCCAUUAGGAGACCAUGUCAACCAUCGCCAUGUGGAUUGAACUCGGAAUGCAGAGUACGGGACGAUCAGGCCUCGUGCUCUUGCCUGCCCAACUUUAUAGGAGCACCACCCAACUGCCGACCCGAAUGUGUAGUAAACACGGAUUGUUCUCCGGACCAAGCUUGCAUUGCUGAGAAGUGCCGUGAUCCUUGUGAUGGAUCCUGCGGAGUUGACUCCGAAUGCCGUGUUCAGAACCACCUGGCCAUCUGCACUUGCCGUGGAGGAUUCACUGGUGAUCCGUUUGUUCGUUGCUUCGAGUUCGUCGAAGAGACCACAAAGUCACCGCCACUCACACAGGAUCCUUGUGAUCUGCAGCCAUGCGGAUCGAAUGCGGAGUGCCGAAACGGCAUCUGUAGCUGCCUCGCGGACUACCAGGGAGAUCCCUACACCGGCUGUCGCCCAGAGUGUACAUUGAGUACUGAUUGCGCACCUACCAAGGCUUGCUUAAACAAGAAGUGUGUUGAUCCUUGCCCAGGAGUAUGUGGGCAGAACUCGCAGUGUGAUGUUUCAAACCACAUACCGAUUUGCAGUUGCCUGCAGGGCUACACGGGCGAUCCGUUCGUUCACUGCCGCCACGAGACGCCAGUGGCCAAGGAUCCAUGCCAACCAAACCCAUGCGGACCCAACAGCUUGUGCCACAUAUCCGGACAAGGACCUGUCUGCGCCUGUCAACCGGGAAUGCUGGGCUCACCGCCCGCCUGCAAACCGGAGUGCAUUGUCAGCUCCGAGUGCUCGUUGCACACUGCCUGUGUGAACAGGAAGUGCGUGGAUCCUUGCCCCGGAGCCUGUGGGCAAUUUGCUCGCUGCCAGGUGAUCAACCACAACCCGUCUUGCUCAUGCAACACAGGCUACACUGGCGAUCCGUUCACCCGAUGCUAUCAGGAGGAACGAAAACCACAGACGACGCCAGAUAAUCCUUGCCAGCCAUCUCCUUGCGGACCCAAUUCCGAGUGCAAGGUGCUGAAUGGAAACGCAGCCUGCUCGUGUGCGGCCACCUUCAUUGGAACGCCACCAAGCUGUCGACCCGAGUGCUCCAUCAAUCCGGAAUGUCCGCCAACCAAGGCCUGUAUCCGCCAGAAGUGCUCGGAUCCCUGCGUGAAUGCCUGUGGAUUUAAUGCCCGCUGCAAUGUGGCCAAUCAUCAACCCAUCUGCACAUGCGAUGUGGGCUAUACUGGAGAUCCGUUUACUGGCUGCCAGAAGGAGCAAGAACGCAUUGUCAAUGAGCAAGUGACUCCCUGCGAACCCAAUCCCUGUGGCUCGAAUGCUGUGUGCCGCGAAAGAAAUGGCAUCGGUUCCUGCCAGUGCCUGCCCGAUCACUUUGGUGACCCGUAUCAGUCGUGUCGUCCGGAGUGCGUACGCCACUCGGACUGCGCCUCCAAUAAGGCUUGCCAACAGCAGAAGUGUCGCGAUCCCUGCCCAGGUACCUGCGGCAGCAAUGCGGACUGCAGUGUCACAAACCAUCUGCCCACCUGUACAUGCCGCGUUGGAUACACCGGUGAUCCGUACCGCUACUGCCACGUGGAACCACCCCAGCUCCCUGCCCGAGUGACCGAACCAUCUCAACCCUGCCGCCCCUCACCUUGUGGUCCCAACUCCCAGUGCCGCGAACUGAACGGUCAGGCCGUGUGCUCCUGCCUGGAGCUCUACAUCGGUCUGCCACCCAACUGCCGACCGGAGUGUGUGCUGAGCACAGAGUGUCCCACCGAUAAGGCUUGCAUCAGUCAACGUUGUCAGGAUCCGUGUCCAGGCACUUGUGGCAUCAAUGCCGAGUGCCGGGUUCGUAAUCAUAGUCCUCUGUGUCAGUGUCGUCAAGGUUUUACCGGUGAUUCCUUUACCCGUUGUUAUCCCCUGCCACCUCCGCCUCCUGUGAUCGAACGAGUUGAGCGUGAUCCAUGCCUGCCAUCGCCCUGCGGAUUGAAUAGUCAAUGCCGCAAUGUACAAGGGGUGCCUUCCUGUACCUGUCUCCCAGACUUCUUGGGGGCACCGCCCAACUGUAGGCCCGAGUGCACAAUCAGUGCAGAGUGUCCCUCAAAUCUCGCUUGCAUACGGGAGAAGUGUAUAGAUCCCUGUCCCGGUUCUUGUGGCUAUGCCGCCGAGUGUAGUGUUGUUAACCACACGCCAAUUUGCGUCUGUCCCGCUGGCUUUACGGGUGAUCCGUUCUCCAGUUGUCGUCCAGCGCCGCCGCCAGAGCCCACACAAAGUAAGAAAUUGGAAAAAUAUCCGAACAUGUUGUUGCAGCUAAACAAAAAAACUGAAUUAUUAGGCGAAUAUGUGGAUCCUUGCAACCCAUCACCUUGUGGGCCGAAUGCCCAAUGCAACGCAGGAACCUGCACGUGUCUGGCCGAAUUCCAUGGCGAUCCCUACUCUGGUUGCCGUCCCGAGUGCGUUCUCAAUUCAGACUGUCCCAGGGACAAGGCUUGCCGUAGCAGCAAGUGCGUAAACCCUUGUCCAGGAACUUGUGGCGAGAAUGCCAUUUGCGAUGUCAUCAAUCACAUACCCAUGUGCAGAUGUCCCGAACGCACCGCUGGCAGCGCAUUCAUCCGCUGCUCUCCUGUGCAGAGUACGUCGAUGUUGUUACCUCCCUCAAAAGCUCCUCUAACACUUGCCCCCAUAGUUACAGUAUCUAAUCCCUGCCGACCAUCACCUUGUGGUCCAAACUCGCAGUGCCGAGAGGUUAAUCAGCAAGCAGUGUGUUCGUGCCUGCCAAGCUUCAUUGGAGCUCCGCCAUCCUGCCGACCCGAGUGCACCUCGAAUUCGGAGUGUGCACCCACUCAAGCUUGCCUGAAUCAACGGUGUGGAGAUCCCUGCCCCGGAACAUGUGGAGUGGGUGCUAAUUGCGCUGUUGUCAGCCAUAGCCCCUUCUGCACAUGUCCUGAGAGGUUUACGGGUAAUCCAUUUAUUCGUUGCCAGCCCCAGAGUAAGACCACUAUGCCGGAAAAAGAGUCUUCUUUACAAGAGUUACCUUUCCCAGUUGAACCUCCCGUUCGUGAUGUUGUGCCCGUUGAUCCCUGUCGCCCAUCUCCCUGUGGACCUUAUUCCCAGUGUCGCCCAGUUGGUGAGGCCCCGGCCUGUUCCUGUCUGGAGACCUAUAUUGGACGCCCGCCAAACUGCCGCCCUGAGUGUGUGACCAGCUCGGACUGUUCCAGUCAACUGACCUGUGUGAACCAGAAGUGUGUCGACCCAUGUCCAGGACGCUGUGGCCUUAAUGCCGAGUGCUUUGUGGUUAGCCACGCCGUGCAAUGUAUUUGCCAGCAGGGCUUCAACGGAGAUCCGUUCGUGCAAUGCAAACCGGAGAUCGCAUAUGAAAAUGAAAUCCGCACUCCGUGCAGCCCGAGUCCUUGUGGCCCGAAUGCUGUGUGCCGCGAUCGCAACGGAGUAGGAUCCUGCCAGUGCCUGCCACAAUACUUUGGAGAUCCUUACGAAGGCUGUCGCCCGGAGUGCAUGCUUGACUCGGACUGUCCGUCCAACCGCGCUUGCCAACAGCUGAGAUGCCAGGACCCCUGCCCAGGAACAUGUGGACUUAAUGCCAACUGUCAAGUGGUGAACCAUUUGCCAACCUGUACUUGCCUGACCGGAUAUGUGGGUGACCCAUACCGUCAAUGUAAUCGACUUCCAGAACGUAAGCCGGAAUCAACCACAAAUACUUUCCCCCUACUCAAGCGCCCCAUUUUAGCACCACAAAACGAGUAUGUAAACCCAUGUCAGCCAACUCCUUGUGGCCCCAACUCCCAGUGCCGCGUUUCGAAUGAGCAGGCGGUUUGCUCUUGCCUGCCCCUGUUCGUAGGAACUCCACCAUCCUGCCGGCCCGAGUGUACCAUAUCCUCGGAGUGUCCUGCUGAUAGAGCCUGUGUUAAUCAGAAAUGUGUGGAUCCUUGUGCAGCAGAUACAUGCGGAAAUAAUGCCAUAUGUAGGGUUCGAAACCACAGCCCCAUUUGCAGUUGCAUUAGCGGCUAUACAGGCGACGCCUUUACUAGAUGUUUCCUUAUUCCACCGCCAAUUAUUGAGACCAAGGACGAACCUUUAAGGGAUCCCUGUAUACCAACACCCUGUGGUCCCAACUCCGAGUGCCGUAAUAUCAAUGGUGUGCCUGCCUGUUCCUGUCUGGCUAAUUUCAUUGGCCAGGCACCAAAUUGUCGUCCCGAGUGCACUAUCAACUCCGAGUGUCCCAGUCAGCUGGCGUGUAUCAACCAAAAGUGUCGCGAUCCCUGCCCAGGAGCCUGCGGUCAAAACGCUGUUUGCAGUGUCAUCAAUCAUACGCCACUGUGCGCCUGCAUCGAUGGUUACAUAGGAAAUCCAUUUACCAACUGCAACCCCAAACCUCCAGAGCGUAGGUGUCUCGACAGAUCUUACAGAUCCGGUGAUUGUUUACCCCCUUCGAUCAUUUUUACUUUUCUAGCCCCAGCGCCACCAGUUGCCGACGAUCCUUGCAAUCCAUCGCCUUGCGGAGCUAACGCUCAGUGCCGAAAUGGUCAAUGCUCUUGUAUACCUGAAUACCAAGGGGAUCCAUACGUCUCAUGUCGUCCUGAAUGUGUGCUUAACACCGAUUGCCCAAGGGAUCGGGCCUGUGUACGCAACAAGUGUAUCGAUCCCUGUCCUGGAACUUGUGGGGUAAACGCCUUGUGCGAGGUCAACAACCAUAUCCCCAUUUGCCGUUGUCCAGAGCAAAUGUCCGGCAAUGCCUUUUUCGAGUGUCGACCCGUGCCGCCUGCCAAGAUUCAAAAUCCCUGCCAGCCGUCGCCAUGUGGCCCGAACAGCCAGUGCCGCGUGGUGCAACAAACUGCUGUCUGCUCCUGUCUGGCUAACUACGUGGGCAGUCCGCCGCAAUGUCGGCCGGAAUGUGUAACCAACUCUGACUGUCCUGCCGAUCAGGACUGCCAGAAUAUGAAGUGUCGCGACCCGUGUCCUGGUACAUGUGGCUUUAAUGCUCUGUGCAACGUCGUCAAUCACCGCCCCUUCUGCAGCUGCCCCACUGGCAUGUCCGGAAAUCCUUUCGUGAGCUGUCAGCAGCUAAUUAUACGUGAUGAAAGACCUCAAAAUCCCUGCCAGCCUUCUCCUUGUGGUCCCAACUCCGAAUGUCGUGUAUCUGGAGAUUCGCCGUCUUGUUCAUGUCUGCCCGAAUUUGUGGGAGCACCGCCGAACUGCCGACCCGAGUGUAUAUCCAAUUCGGAGUGCCCCACAAACCAGGCUUGCAUCAACCAGAAAUGUGUGGACCCCUGCCCAGGAUUAUGUGGUCAAAAUGCCAUUUGUCGGGUGUUCAGUCAUAGUGCCAUGUGCUUGUGUGACGGUGGCUUCACCGGAGAUCCGUUUAGUCAGUGUAGUCCAAUAAGAGAUAGUCCUCCUGAGGUUCUGCAGCCCUGCAACCCCAGUCCCUGCGGCGUCAAUGCCAAGUGCGAGGAACGUGGUGGGGCAGGAUCCUGCCAGUGUCUGCCUGAUUACUUCGGAAAUCCGUAUGAUGGCUGUCGUCCCGAGUGUGUUCUGAACUCUGACUGCCCUUCGAAUCAGGCAUGUGUCAACCAGAAAUGUCGUGACCCAUGUCCCGGCACUUGCGGCCAAAACGCCGAGUGCCAAGUGGUCAAUCACUUGGCCACCUGUAAUUGUUUGGUUGGAUACACCGGUGACCCGUACAGCAUAUGCCGCAUCACAGUCAAUGAGCCGCGUAAGAUAGAUUUUCUUCUGCGUAUGAACACCGUUACCAUCGAUGGUCUUAUUUCAGCUGAACGCGUCUAUGUGAACCCUUGUCAGCCGUCUCCAUGCGGUCCAAACUCGCAAUGCCGUGAAGUAAACGAGCAAGGAGUUUGUUCCUGCUUGCCAGAGUUCAUUGGCAGUCCUCCUGCCUGUCGUCCGGAAUGCACCAGUAGCUCGGAGUGCGCCGCCGACAAGGCUUGUGUGAACCGCAAAUGUGUGGACCCUUGUCCAAAUGUUUGUGGUCAGCAGGCCGAGUGUCGCGUUCGUAACCACAAUCCCAUUUGCACUUGCCUAAGUGGAUUCACUGGUGAUCCAUUUACCCGUUGCUAUCGUCAGCCGCCUCCGCCUCCAGUUGUCGAACGUGAACCCCUUGACCCUUGUGUUCCUUCACCCUGCGGAGCAAAUUCCCAGUGCCGCGAAAUUCACGGCACACCAUCCUGCUCUUGCCUUCCGCAGUAUUUGGGUACUCCGCCCAAUUGCCGCCCGGAAUGUUCCAUCAAUGCCGAGUGUCCCAGUCAUCAGGCCUGUAUUAAUCAAAAAUGCAGAGACCCCUGUCCUGGCUCUUGUGGUCUAAACACUCAGUGCAGUGUCAUCAACCACACGCCAAUCUGCAGUUGUCUCGCUGGUUAUAUAGGUGACCCAUUCAGCGUUUGCAACGCCCAGCCAAUACCCGAGAAAAGUAAGAUGCAUUAUCCACCAAGGCUGAAGUUCAAAAAUCAUAACUUACAUUUUAAUAAAUCAGUUCGAGACCCACUGCCACUGGAGGAUCCUUGCAACCCAUCACCAUGUGGCUCUAAUACACAAUGCAACAAUGGAGUUUGCUCUUGCCUGCCCGAAUACCAUGGUGACCCAUACACGGGAUGUCGUCCAGAGUGCGUUCUGCACACGGAUUGUGACCGUAGUCGAGCGUGUGUUCGUCACAAGUGUGUUGAUCCCUGUCCCGGUAUUUGUGGCACCAAUGCGAUAUGCGAGGUUCUGAACCAUAUACCCAACUGCCGCUGUUUAGAGGGAAUGCAAGGCAAUGCCUUUAUCCAGUGCAGCCCAGUUCCAAAGCUCGACGUCGUACAGAAUCCGUGCCAACCCUCGCCCUGCGGACCAAACUCACAGUGUCGCGUUGUUAAUCAACAAGCAAUCUGCUCGUGCAUUACGUCCUUCAUUGGAAGUCCGCCAUUCUGCCGACCUGAAUGCACUACAAACUCGGAGUGCCCCUUGAACUUGGCGUGUCGCAACCAGAAGUGCAGUGAUCCCUGUCCUGGCGUCUGUGGUCGCGGUGCCCAAUGCCAUGUGACUAACCACAGUCCAUUCUGUCGCUGCUUAGAGCGCUACACGGGUAAUCCGUUUGUGAGUUGCCAGCAGAUCAUCGAACCUCCGGUUCCACCACCGCGGCAAACAUGCCUGCCAUCACCCUGCGGACCGUAUUCCCAAUGUCGUGAAGUUAACGAAUCACCUUCUUGCACUUGCCUGCCAGAGUACAUUGGAGCUCCACCUAACUGUAGGCCGGAGUGCGUGACUAGCUCGGAGUGUCCCACGAAUCAGGCGUGCAUUCAGCAGAAGUGUCGCGAUCCUUGCCCAGGACUAUGUGGACAAUCUGCGGAAUGCCGUGUCCUUUCGCACACGCCAAGCUGCAUUUGCCCCGAAGGCAUGGAAGGUGAUCCGUUCACUUUAUGUAAGGAAAAGAGAAUUCAGGAACUAGACCAGCUAGACCCUUGCAGUCCCAGUCCUUGUGGAAUCAAUGCCCGCUGUACUUCCCGCCAAGAUGUCGGCUCAUGCCAGUGCCUCCCAGAUUACUUCGGAAAUCCUUACGAGGGAUGUCGCCCUGAGUGCGUUCUUAAUUCGGACUGCCCAUCGAACAAGGCUUGUCAACAGCAAAAAUGUCAGGAUCCCUGUCCAGGAACCUGCGGUCAGAAUGCUCUCUGCAAUGUCCUGAAUCAUAUACCCAGUUGUAGCUGUAUAUCAGGAUAUUCCGGUGAUCCUUACCGCUCGUGUGCGCCAGAACCGGUCAAGGAAUAUGUCAAUCCCUGCCAGCCAUCGCCGUGUGGUCCAAAUUCUCAGUGCCGUGAAGUGAAUGAACAAGCCAUAUGCUCGUGUCUUCCGGAAUAUGUGGGAGCUCCGCCUGUGUGUCGUCCUGAGUGUACGAUAUCUUCAGAGUGCCCGGCGGACAAGGCCUGUGUGAACCAGAAAUGUGUUGACCCUUGUCCAAACACUUGUGGAGAUCAAGCGAUCUGUCGAGUGGUGAACCACAGUCCGAUUUGCUCAUGUCGUGCCGGUUACACCGGCGACGCCUUUUUCCGCUGUUUCCCCAAGCCCCCGGUACCACCAACACCAGUACAAAAGACGCCGGUUGAUCCUUGUGUGCCCACUCCUUGCGGCCCCUACUCCCAGUGCCGAUCCCAGGGAGAUGCCCCCGCCUGUUCUUGUUUGGUCGGCUACAUAGGAGCCCCUCCCAAUUGCCGACCGGAAUGUCGCAUCAACGCGGAAUGUCCUAGCAGCCAAGCGUGUAUUAAUGAGAAAUGUAGAGACCCUUGCCUCGGCUCUUGCGGCUAUGGUGCCAUUUGCAAUGUGAUCAAUCACACGCCUAGCUGCACCUGUCCACCAGGAUUCUCGGGUGAUCCAUUUAGUCAGUGUCAGCCCCUGCCACCUCCGCCUCCAACACGUAAGACUCAGUACGAACCGAAAAGUGUAAAAUGGACUCAAACCAUUCCUCCUUCCUCAGCCGUUAAGCUUGAUGAUCCAUGCAAUCCCUCACCCUGUGGUCCAAACGCUCAGUGCAAUAAUGGAGUAUGUACUUGCAUUCCCGAAUACCAUGGCGAUCCCUACAGCGGUUGCCGACCAGAGUGCAUCACCAGCGCGGAUUGCUCACGUGAGCUUGCCUGUUCGCGGAACAAGUGCUUCGAUCCUUGCCCCGGUACCUGUGCCCCCAAUGCCAUUUGUACUGUCCUUAACCACGUACCCAUGUGCACUUGUCCGGAUGGAUAUAAUGGCAAUGCAUUCGUGCAGUGUAAACCCACACCACGUAAAUAUUUCCCCUUAAGGCCGUGUUCAAAGCACAACGAUACCCAACUCAACGAUUUCCUUCCAGCCCCUGUCCUUGUCCAGCCUUGCCAACCAUCUCCGUGUGGACCCAACUCUCAGUGCCGCGAAGUCAACCAGCAAGCUGUUUGCUCCUGUGUGCCAGGAUAUGUCGGAACCCCGCCACUCUGUCGACCGGAGUGCACGUCGAACUCGGAGUGUUUGUCACACCUAGCAUGUGUUAACCAAAAGUGCAGUGAUCCCUGUCCCGGCUCAUGUGGCCGUAAUGCCCAGUGCAGUGUGGUUAACCACAACCCCUUCUGUACGUGCUUGCCAAGGUUCACUGGCAAUCCGUUCGUGGGUUGUCAGCAGAUUAUUGAGCCACCACGUCAAGAUAUUGUGCCACAGGAUCCGUGCCGACCGUCACCCUGUGGGCCGAACUCUGAAUGUCGCGCCGUUGGUGAGACACCAACAUGUACAUGCCUUGCUGAUUUUGUCGGCUCCCCGCCGUAUUGCAAACCCGAAUGCGUGGCCAAUUCAGAGUGUCCCUCGAACCUGGCGUGCAUCAAUCAAAAGUGUCGCGAUCCCUGUCCUGGAUUGUGCGGUUCAAGUGCUACUUGCCGCGUCGUCUCUCACACAGCAAUGUGCAUUUGUGAUGCUGGUUUGACCGGAGAUCCAUUUACACAAUGUCAACCCAUUGUGCAGGAUGUUGAGAUUAUUAAUCCGUGCCAGCCUUCACCUUGCGGAGCCAAUGCCGAGUGCAUACAACGUAAUGGAGCCGGAGCCUGCCAGUGUCUCACAGACUAUUUCGGAAAUCCCUACGAAGGCUGUCGACCGGAGUGUGUUUUGAACUCGGACUGCCCAUCGAACCGAGCUUGUCAGCAGCAGAAGUGCCGUGAUCCUUGUCCCGGAAGCUGUGGACAGAAUGCCGAGUGUAAUGUGGUGAACCACACACCCAUGUGCAACUGCUUCGCUGGAUUCAUUGGCGAUCCGUACCGCUAUUGUAGCCAACCGCCAGAACCUAUUGUCCAUGAGUAUGUGAACCCCUGUCAACCGUCUCCCUGUGGCCCGAACUCAAAUUGUCGCGAGGUUAAUGAACAGGCAGUAUGUUCCUGCCGUUCCGAAUUUGAGGGAGCCCCACCCAACUGCCGGCCACAAUGCACCUCGAGCUCAGAGUGCGCCCCCAACAGGGCGUGCAUCAAUCAAAAAUGCGUUGAUCCUUGUCCCGGUGUUUGUGGCCAGCAAGCAAUCUGCGAGGUACGCAACCACAGUCCAAUUUGUAGGUGUCCCACCGCCAUGACAGGCGAUCCCUUCGUGCGCUGCGUAACCCGACCAACAAGUAAGAAAAAGAAAAUGUCUUGUGUGUAUACGAUCAAACCUAACCGCCUUUACUCGAUGCCAGUUGCACCGCCACCCUUGAGGGAUGUAGCUCCCUAUCGCGAUCCCUGUCUCCCCUCACCAUGUGGCCUGUAUGCGUCGUGCAGGAACCAACAGAACCAAGCGAUUUGCUCUUGUUUGCCAAACUAUUUCGGUACUCCGCCCCAUUGUCGUCCCGAGUGCACCAUCAAUGCAGAGUGCCCAAGCCACUUGGCCUGCAUUGGCGAACGCUGCCGUGAUCCCUGUCCUGGGGCUUGUGGUCAACAGACCGAGUGCCGUGUGAUCAGUCACGUUCCUAGUUGCGUUUGCCUACGCGGCUAUGUGGGCGAUGCAUUCCUGGCCUGCCACCCGGCACCACCCCCACCAUCCCGUGAAGAGCCCCGCGAUCCGUGCAACCCCAGUCCAUGCGGCAGCAAUGCCAUCUGUUCUAAUCAGGGCGAGUGUAAAUGUGUGGCCGACUAUCAGGGAGAUCCCUAUGUGGCCUGCAGACCCGAGUGUAUUCUCAGUUCGGAGUGUCCCCGAAAUCUGGCCUGUAUACAACAGAAGUGUACCGAUCCUUGUCCAGGAACCUGUGGUACCAAUGCUAUCUGCGAUGUGAUCAACCACAUUGCCAUGUGCCAUUGUCCCGAUCGAAUGACCGGAAAUGCUUUUGUCCAAUGUACUCCAGUGCAGCUUGAUGUAUACCGUAACCCUUGCAAUCCCUCGCCAUGCGGCUCCUAUGCUGAAUGUCGGGAGCAGAACGGUCAAGCGGUAUGCAGUUGUCUUCCCAACUACUUUGGGGUACCUCCUUCGUGUCGACCCGAGUGUAGCACCAACUACGAUUGUUCCCCAAGCUUAGCGUGCCAGAAUCAGCGCUGCGUCGAUCCUUGUCCUGGAGCUUGUGGCGCAUACGCCGAGUGCCGAACAGUCAACCACAGUCCUUUCUGUAGUUGCAGACCCGGCUAUACGGGAAAUCCCAUUGUCCAAUGUCAUAUGAUUAUUGAGCCACAGCGGGAUAUCACACCCAAAGAUCCUUGCCAACCCUCACCUUGUGGUCCAAACAGCGAAUGUCGCCGCGUAGGAGAAACACCCUCCUGCUCAUGCCUGUCCAAUUUCUUUGGCACUCCGCCCAACUGUCGACCUGAAUGCGUCUCCAAUUCCGAGUGCAGUCAGGUGCACGUCUGCACGAAUAAUCGCUGCAAGGAUCCGUGCCCGGGUCUCUGCGGAACUGAUGCCGUCUGCCGCGUGAUAAGUCACAGUGCUAUGUGCUACUGCCAGCCGGGUUACAGCGGCGACCCCUUCGUCCGCUGUGCACCACACAUCCAAAGAGAAUCGAUUGAGAUAGUGCAACCGUGCAACCCCAAUCCCUGCGGCGCGUUUGCCGAGUGUCGUCAGCAGAAUGGAGUCGGAUCGUGUCAGUGUCUACCAGAGUACUUCGGCAAUCCUUAUGAAGGAUGUCGUCCUGAAUGUAUACUUGACUCUGAUUGCUCCUCUCAGCUGGCCUGUGUCAAUCAAAAAUGCCGGGAUCCCUGUCCCGGAAGCUGCGGCCAAAAUGCCGAAUGCUUUGUGCGCAAUCACCUGCCCACUUGCAACUGCCUCAGUGGCUAUGUCGGUGACCCAUAUCGGUAUUGUAACAUCGAACAGAAACCCAUUCGGGAAUAUGUCAACCCCUGUCAACCCUCUCCUUGUGGGCCUAACUCUCAGUGCCGCGAACAGAAUGGUGUGGCCACAUGCUCUUGCUUGCCAGAAUUUGUGGGCACUCCGCCGGGAUGUCGGCCGGAGUGUACGGUAUCCUCUGAGUGUAAUCUUGACAAGGCCUGCGUUCGUCACAAGUGCCUGGAUCCUUGUCCUGGUGCUUGCGGCAGCUCAACCAAUUGCCAGGUUGUGAACCAUGCUCCACUCUGCUCUUGUCAAGCGGGUUACACAGGAGACCCAUUUACCCGAUGCUACCCAAUUCCCCGUAAGUGUUCAAAGGUGGAAAACCUUAUAGAGAUGGUUGAGUCUUCAUUUCUAAUCAUCUACCACAUGUGUCCAGCUCCACCUACGCAUAUUGUCCAUGAUUACGCACGCGAUCUAUGCCAACCAUCUCCCUGCGGAGCUAAUGCUCAAUGUAGACAAUCCCAAGGUCAAGCCAUCUGCUCCUGCAUACCCAACUACUUUGGUGUUCCACCCAAUUGUCGACCCGAGUGCACUCAAAGCUCAGAGUGCCUGUCCAGUUUGGCCUGCAUCAAUCAACGAUGCGCGGAUCCCUGUCCUGGCUCCUGUGCCUACAACGCCAUUUGCCAUGUGCGUAAUCACGUGCCCAGUUGUCAGUGCCCAGUGGGCUAUGUGGGUGAUCCGUUCUCCAACUGUCACCCUGAACCCCAGCCACCACCCAAACCCGUUGCUCUCGAUGAUCCCUGCAAUCCUUCCCCCUGUGGGCCCAAUGCAGUGUGCCAAAAUGGUCAAUGUUCGUGUAUACCCGAGUACCAAGGAGAUCCUUAUACCGGCUGUCGACCGGAAUGUGUGUUAAAUGCGGAUUGUCCGCGAAAUCGUGCUUGUGUUCGCCAUAAGUGUGUGGAUCCGUGUCCGGGAACGUGUGCACCGAAUGCCAUCUGCGAUGUGAUUAACCACAUUGCCAUGUGCCGUUGCCCAGAGCGUAUGACAGGCAAUGCCUUCAUCCAAUGUGAAACACCGCCAGUCUCGCUGGCACCUCCAGAUCCGUGUUACCCAUCGCCCUGCGGUCCGAACAGUCGCUGUCGUGUGUUCAACAACAACGCUGUGUGUUCCUGUAUUGAGGAUUUCAUUGGAACCCCACCAAAUUGCCGACCGGAGUGUACGCAUAACUCAGAUUGCCUGCCUAGACUGGCGUGCCAGAGGCAGCAUUGUAUAGAUCCGUGCCCAGGAACUUGUGGCUUUAAUGCCCUUUGCCACGUUGUGAACCAUGCACCAAUUUGCAGUUGUCCACCAAAGCAUAAUGGAAACCCAUUCUUGGGAUGCUUCCCGGAACCCGUGCGACGCGAUGAGGUGAUUCCAAAGAAUCCGUGCCAGCCCUCGCCAUGUGGUCCAUAUGCCAAGUGCACAUCCGUAGGCGAUCAGGCGCAGUGCAGUUGUCUGCCGGAUUACAUUGGAACUCCGCCCAGUUGUCGCCCGGAGUGUAUAACCAAUUCGGAAUGUUCCUUCGACAAGGCCUGUUUAAACCAAAGAUGUCGCGAUCCCUGCUCGGGAACUUGUGGUUCCAACGCCAAUUGCCACGUAAUUAGUCAUACUGCCAUGUGCUACUGUCUACCAGGUUUUACAGGGGACCCAUUCACUUCCUGUGUCCAAGUACCAGUGAUUCAGCAGGCUGAGAUCGUUCAACCAUGCUCUCCUAAUCCUUGUGGAGCCAAUGCUGUAUGUCGCCAGGAGGGCCAUGUUGGAUCUUGCCAAUGUCUUCCCGAAUACUACGGAAACCCAUACGAGACAUGUCGGCCGGAGUGUGUAACGAAUAACGACUGUCCAUCCAACAAGGCUUGUCAACAGCAGAAGUGUCGCGAUCCUUGUCCAGGAGUCUGUGCCCUCAAUGCUUUGUGUCGCGUGAUCAAUCACUUACCAACAUGUCAUUGUCAGAAUGGCUUUGUUGGUGACCCAUACCGCUAUUGCCAAAUUCCCGAGAAACCUGUCCUUAAAGAAUAUGUCAAUCCCUGCCAGCCCUCCCCGUGUGGCCCCAACUCGCAGUGCCGUGAAAACAACGAGCAGGCCAUCUGCUCAUGUCUCCCCGAGUACGUCGGUGCUCCACCCAAUUGUCGACCUGAGUGCGUGACCAGUGCAGAGUGUCCUCAUAACAAGGCGUGCAUUAGGCAAAAGUGUAGUGAUCCCUGCCCCGGUGUAUGUGGCUCAAAUGCCGAUUGCCGUGUUAUCCAGCAUGCUCCUAUUUGUAGUUGUCGUGCAGGAUUCACAGGCGAUGCCUUCUCCCGCUGCUUACCCCUGCCACCCCCGAGACCACCGCAGUUGGAUGUAUACCGCAAUCCUUGUGUACCUUCGCCUUGUGGCCAGUAUGCAGAGUGUCGGGAUAACCAGGGCACUGCCACGUGCAGUUGUCUGCCCUCCUAUUUCGGCACCCCGCCCAACUGUCGCCCCGAGUGUACGAUAAACCCCGAUUGUCCAUCUCAUUUGUCCUGCCAACAACAGCGUUGUCGCGAUCCAUGUCCUGGAGCCUGUGGAUUCAAUGCGCAGUGCACAGUUGUUAAUCACAAUCCGACGUGUCAGUGUGCUCCUGGAUUUAUUGGCAAUGCCUUUACAUCCUGUCAUGUUCCACCUCCAAUUGUUCGGGACUCACCUCAAAUAAUUGAUCCAUGCGAUCUGAUCACUUGUGGCUCCAAUGCUGUUUGCAAUCAGGGACAAUGUACUUGUCUGCCUGAAUUUGUGGGCAACCCACUAGUUGGAUGUCGUCCGGAAUGUGUGUUGAGCACAGAAUGCGACUGGAACAAGGCGUGCGUGAGAAACAAGUGCAUCGAUCCAUGUCCAGGAACUUGCGGAUCCAAUGCCAUAUGUGAGGUGCACAGACAUAUAGCCAUGUGUCAUUGUCCACCGGGAAUGACUGGAAAUGCAUUCAGCCAAUGCCGACCCUUGCCACCAGCUCCGGUACGCGAUGUUAUAGACCCUUGUCAGCCUUCGCCAUGUGGACCAAAUGCCCAGUGUCGCAAUAUCAACGGACAAGCAGUGUGCUCAUGUCUUCGGGACUUCAUCGGAGUUCCACCUUCAUGUCGGCCAGAGUGCGUUAGUAAUUCCGAGUGUCCACUUCAUCUGGCUUGCCUCCAACGACAUUGCCGAGAUCCUUGCCCCGGAGUCUGUGGCCUGAAUGCCGAAUGCCGGGUCAUAAACCACAGCCCGAACUGUCAUUGCAUUGGUUCCUUUACGGGAAAUCCAUUUGCGGCUUGUCACCGGCCACCGCCGCCACCGAUUAAGCAUGAGCCCAUUGAUCCUUGUCAGCCAUCGCCAUGUGGAGCUAAUGCGGUAUGUCGUGUCCAGGGAAGCAAUGCUCAAUGCAGUUGUCUAAGUGGCUUUAUCGGAACACCACCCAACUGCCGACCCGAAUGCGUAUCCAACUCGGAUUGCCCCACGAAUCUGGCUUGCCUCAAUCAGAAGUGCCGAGAUCCCUGUCCAGGUGUCUGUGGCUCCAAUGCUGAAUGUUAUGUGAUUAACCAUUCACCCAUGUGCAAUUGUCUUUCUGGACAAACCGGCAAUCCAUUCGUAAGCUGUCAAGUGGUGCGUGAUGUUCCCGAGCCACAAACUCCAUGUGUGCCCAGUCCAUGCGGAGCCAAUGCACUCUGUUCUGAGAAAAAUGGGGCCGGAGCCUGUCAAUGCCUUCCGGAAUUCUAUGGCAAUCCCUAUGAAGGCUGCCGACCGGAGUGCGUUCUCAAUUCGGACUGCCCCAGCCACUUGGCUUGUCUCAACCAGCAUUGCCGCGAUCCGUGUCCCGGAACAUGUGGUACCAACGCCGAAUGUCAAGUGCGCGAACACUUGCCCCAAUGCAACUGCCAUGUGGGAUAUCAGGGAAAUCCCUACGUUUACUGUAGUGUUCUGCGUGAUCGUAAGCUAACCCUGGAAAGAAACAUUAUUGGACCAGAUGCUUAUUCUGUAUUUAUACCGACAGCCCUGCCUGAACCAGUUCCCUCCCGCCCUUGUCAGCCGUCACCUUGUGGUCCAAACUCUCAGUGUCGGGAAUCGAACAACCAGGCAAUUUGCAAGUGUCUGCCCGACUUUAUUGGAUCCCCACCUGCAUGUAGACCCGAGUGCACCAUCUCCAGUGAAUGUGAUUUGACCCUGGCUUGUGUUCAACAACACUGUGUCGAUCCCUGUCCCGGUGUCUGCGGCAAUAGUGCCCAGUGUCGGGUCAUAAAUCACAGUCCUCACUGUAGUUGCUUGCCUGGUUUCACGGGUGAUGCCCUUAGUGGCUGCCAACGGAUUCGUAAGACUACAUUUUUGGUGAAUUCCUUCUUUAGUUUUCCUAACUUCAAACCCUUCGCAGCACCCGCAAUUACUCACGAUGUCCCCAAAGAGACCCCCCGCGAUCCCUGUGUCCCCUCCCCCUGCGGAGCCUUUGGACAGUGCCGUGCUCAAGGCAACCAGGCUAUAUGCUCAUGCCUUCCUGGCUACUACGGAGCACCUCCAAAUUGCAGGCCGGAGUGCGCAAUAAACCCGGACUGCGCCUCCCAUUUGGCGUGUAUCAGUGAAAAGUGUCGCGAUCCAUGUCCCGGUUCAUGUGGCCUGCAGGCCCAAUGCAGUGUCAUAAACCACACACCGAUCUGUAGUUGUCCAUCAGGUUAUGAGGGCAAUCCCUUCGUCAGCUGUCAACGAACCCCUCCACCGCCGACUCCGCCCCUUCGCGAUGCCUGCAAUCCCUCACCUUGUGGCUCCAACGCAAUCUGCAGCUCUGGAGGCCAGUGCUCGUGUCUGCCCGACUUUGAUGGCAACCCCUACGUGGGCUGCCGUCCUGAGUGUGUCCUCAACACGGACUGCGCCAGAGACAAAGCCUGCCAGCGCAGCAAGUGCACCGAUCCUUGUCCCGGAGCGUGUGGUAUUGGAGCCGUUUGCGAGGUUCGCAAUCACAUUCCCACGUGUAAUUGCCCACCCGGAACAACGGGCAAUGCUUUCGUUCAGUGUACCCUUGUGCAAUGUAGGUUCCAAACUAAGAAUAUACCAACUGUGGAGACCUUAUUUAACAACUCCCUGUUUUGUUUAGCUUCACCCGUGGUGCCCUUAAACCCUUGUCAACCAUCGCCGUGCGGAAACAAUGCCCAAUGCCGAGAGGUUAUCGAUCAAGCCGUUUGCUCUUGUCUACCCGGCUUCUUUGGUGUUCCACCGAAGUGUCGUCCUGAGUGCACCAUUAACUCAGACUGUGCCCCACAUCUGGCAUGCUUGAACCAACAGUGCCGGGAUCCUUGUCCUGGAGCUUGCGGCCAGUUCGCUCAAUGCCAGGUUAUCCGACAUGUGCCGCACUGUAGUUGUCCUGCAGGCUUCUCAGGCAAUGCUUUCUUCCUGUGCCAUCGGUUACCGCCUCCACCACCAGUCCAACUGGAACCGAUCAACCCAUGCUACCCAUCGCCAUGCGGACCCAAUGCAGAAUGCACAAAUCAGAAUGAACAGGCCAUUUGCAAGUGCCUGAAGGACUACAUAGGAACACCACCCAACUGUCGACCGGAGUGCAUAACGUCAUCAGAGUGUCCGAUUCAGCUGGCUUGUAUUGGUCAAAAAUGCAAGGAUCCCUGUUCUGGACUUUGUGGAACCGCUGCCACCUGCCAAGUUGUCAGCCACGUGCCUUCGUGCAUUUGCGUUGCGGACUAUAUUGGAGACCCUUACACGGGAUGCUAUGCCCGGCCGCCCAUUCAGCGAGAGCAAAUCAAUCCAUGCUACCAGAACCCGUGCGGAAGCAAUGCGGUCUGCAGAGAGCGUGGAGAGGUUGCUUCGUGCCAGUGUCUACCGGAAUAUUACGGUAACCCGUAUGAAGGAUGUCGACCCGAAUGCGUGCUUAACUCGGACUGCUCAAGCCACUUGGCUUGCCUCAAUCAACACUGUCGAGAUCCCUGCCCAGGAAGUUGUGCCCGCAAUGCCCAAUGUCAAGUAGUCAAUCACGUGCCCAGCUGUAGUUGUUAUCCUGGAUAUAGUGGCGAUCCCUAUCGCCAUUGCCAUGUGGUCCAGGCAGAACCCCCUGCACCGGAAUACGUAAACCCCUGUCAGCCGUCGACUUGCGGUGCCAAUUCUCAGUGUCGCGAGUCCCAAGGGCAGGCUAUCUGCUCCUGCCUCCCGGAGUUUGUGGGCACACCGCCCUCGUGUCGUCCGGAAUGUGUGAUCAGCGCCGAGUGUCCAGCGGAUAGAGCGUGCAUUAACCAGAAGUGCCAGGACCCUUGUCCAGGAGCAUGUGGCUUGAAUGCCCAGUGCCAUGUGCGCAAUCAUAGUCCGCUGUGCUCGUGUCAGCCCGGAUUCACCGGAGAUGCUCUGACCCGCUGUCUGCCAGUACCGCCUCCACAACCGCCGAAAUCGAAUGAUAUCCGCGAUCCUUGCGUGCCAUCACCUUGUGGACCCUACUCCCAGUGCCGGGUGGUUAAUGGCGGAGCUAGUUGCAGCUGCCUUCCCAAUUAUGUGGGAGCGGCGCCCAACUGCCGUCCGGAAUGUACCAUCAAUGCGGAGUGUCCCAGUAAUCUGGCCUGCAUCAACGAGAAGUGUCGCGAUCCUUGUCCUGGAGCCUGUGGCUUUGCUGCCCAGUGCAGUGUCAUCAAUCAUACGCCCAGUUGUUCGUGUCCCGCUGGUUACACUGGAGAUCCGUUUACCAGCUGCCGAGUUCUGCCACCACCACCGCCUCCGAAGACUCCCUCCGAUCCCUGCCAGCCUUCGCCCUGCGGAGCCAAUGCUCUGUGCAACAAUGGCCAGUGCUCUUGCCUGCCAGAGUAUCAUGGUGAUCCUUACACUGGAUGCCGUCCCGAAUGUGUUUUGAACUCUGAUUGUCCCAGGAAUAGAGCGUGUGUCAACCAGAAGUGCGUUGAUCCUUGCCCAGGUCACUGUGGUCUCAAUGCUCUCUGCGAUGCCGUUAACCACAUUGCCAUGUGCCACUGCCCCGAGCGGAUGACGGGCAAUGCGUUCGUGUCCUGCCAGCCAAUUCGCGAUGAUCCACCACCUCCAACGAUAUCCAAUCCAUGCCAACCCUCGCCUUGCGGAGCAAAUGCCCAGUGUCUAGAGAGGAAUGGCAACGCCAUCUGUUCUUGCCUAGCCGGAUACUUUGGUCAGCCGCCCAAUUGCCGUUUGGAGUGCUACUCCAGCUCUGAUUGCUCCCAAGUGCACAGCUGCAUUAACAACAAGUGUGUGGACCCGUGUCCAGGCAAAUGUGGUCUAAAUGCAGUGUGCCAGGCGAUCCAGCACAGAGCCCAUUGCGAGUGCGUCCCGAGAUACACAGGAAAUGCGUUUGUGCGGUGCAACCCCAUUCCAGUUCCCAGAGUACCAGAACCAGUGCGCGAUCCUUGCCAACCCUCACCCUGUGGUCCCAACUCGCAGUGCACGAAUGUAAAUGGACAAGCGGAGUGUCGCUGUCUGCAGGAGUUCCAGGGUACCCCGCCAAAUUGCCGACCGGAGUGUGUAAGCCACGAUGAGUGUGCUAAUACCCUGGCCUGCAUGAACCAGAAGUGCCGCGAUCCCUGUCCCGGAAGCUGUGGCCAGAGUGCCCAGUGUACGGUCAGCCUUCACAUUCCGAACUGUCAGUGCCCCGUGGGCAUGACGGGUGAUCCAUUCCGAAUUUGCCUGCCCAAACCACGUGACGAACCAAAGCCACCACCAACUCCCAAGAAUCCUUGCUACCCUUCGCCCUGCGGAACCAAUGCCGUGUGCCGCGUUCAAGGAGAGAACUACGUCUGCGAGUGCAGCCAACUGGAGUACAUCGGCAAUCCCUACGAGGGUUGUCGCCCCGAAUGUGUGGGCAACUCCGAGUGUCCGGCCAAUCAGGCUUGCAUCCGCAGCAAGUGCCAGGAUCCUUGUCCAGGAGUUUGCGGACUAGAGGCCAUUUGCACCAUGAACAACCACAUACCGAUCUGCUCCUGCCCGCCGGGCUACACUGGCAACGCGUUUGCACAGUGUACCCGUCAGGUAACACCACCUCCUCCCUCGGAUCCUUGCUACCCGUCCCCGUGUGGUCCCAAUUCGAUUUGCCGAAUUCAGAACGAGAAGGCCGUGUGCGAGUGCCUGCCCGGAUUCUUUGGAAAUCCGCUGGCCCAAGGAUGUCGCCCUGAGUGCACCCUCAGUUCGGACUGUGCCAAGGAUCGGGCUUGCAUCAACUCCAAGUGCGUGGAUGCCUGCGUGGGAGAGUGUGGAUUCGGAGCUGUUUGCCAGACGAUCAACCACAGCCCGGUGUGUAGUUGCCCUGCCAACAUGGUGGGCAAUCCGUUCGUCCAGUGCGAGGAACCACGCCAGGCUGAGCCUAUCGAUCCCUGCCAGCCUUCGCCGUGCCGAAGCAACGGAAUCUGUCGCGUUUACAAUGGAGCUGCCACCUGCAGUUAUCCGGAAUGCGUUAUCAACGAGGAUUGUUCCCGAGACAGGGCGUGUGUUAGCCAAAAGUGCCGUGACCCUUGCCUGAAUGCCUGUGGCAUCAAUGCCAUCUGUCGGGCCAUCAACCACAAGGCUGUUUGCAGCUGUCCACCGGAGUUCUACGGUUCUCCGUACGCUCAGUGUCUGAGGCAGCUACCGGAGCCAGAGCCCAAACCGGAAUGCAUCAGUGACGGUGAUUGCACCAAUGACAAGGCCUGCAUCAACCAAGUUUGCCGCAAUCCAUGCGAGCAAUCGAACAUCUGCGCCCCACAGGCGCGUUGCCAUGUCCAGCUCCACCGGCCAUUGUGCGUCUGCAAUGAGGGAUAUACUGGAAACGCCUUGCAGAACUGCUACCUUCUGGGAUGCCGAUCGGACGGUGAAUGUGCCGCCAACGAGGCUUGUGUUAACCAGCAGUGCGUUGAUCCUUGUGGUUUCACACAGUGCGGAACGGGAGCCAUUUGUCGGGCUGACUUCAAUCACCGAGCUAGGUGCCAUUGCCUGGAGGGAUACCGCGGUAAUCCUCUGGUGCGUUGCGAACGUCCAGAGUGCCGAUCCGAUGACGAAUGUGCUUUCCACCUCGCCUGCCGUAAUGAACGUUGCGAAGACCCGUGCAAUUGUGGCAUUGGAGCCCAGUGCCGCGUGGAGAACCAUCGUGCUCAGUGCCGUUGUCCAGCUGGCUUCAGUGGCAACCCGACCGUAAGAUGUGAUCUUGUGCCAACACAACCGGAGGGCUGCACCAUGGAUGCGGAGUGUCCCAGCAAACUGGCCUGCUUCGGCGGCGAGUGCAAGAACCCGUGCGAUGUCACGCAUCCGUGUGGCGCCAAUGCCAUCUGCGAAGUGGUCGACACACUGCCUCUGCGCACCAUGAUGUGCAGCUGCCUACCUGGCUAUGUGGGUGAAGCCGACAUUGGAUGUCACAAAGAACCCCCACGUGAUCAGGGCUGUACGUCACAUGAUCAGUGCCAGGAUACGGAAGCCUGUCGUGGCGGAAACUGCGUCAAUCCCUGCCUGGAUGCAUCGCCUUGCGCUCGAAGCGCCCAGUGUUUGGCCCAACAACAUCGCGCCAUUUGCAGCUGUCCCGAGAGGACACAGGGAGAUCCAUUCACCAACUGCUACGAGCCACCUGAAAUCAAGACUGGCUGCACCCACGAUUCGGAAUGCCAGCCGACCACGGCCUGCAUCAAUAAGCGUUGCCAGGAUCCUUGUGCCGAGGCCAAUCCAUGUGCCGGAAAUGCCGAGUGCCGCGUCCAGCACUCCCGACCUAUUUGCUUCUGUCCAGCUGGUUGGGGUGGUGACCCACAAGUUCAAUGCUACAAACCUGAAUGCAAGAUCAACGCCGACUGUCCGUAUGACAAGACCUGCUUGAACGAAAACUGCGUAGAUCCCUGCACUCAUGGCCAAGUGCGCUGCGGCAAUGGGGCCCAGUGCCUGGCUCAGAACCACCAAGCUGUGUGCAUCUGUCCAACCGGAACUCAGGGAAAUCCCUUCAUCUCCUGCAUCACUGGACAUUGUCAGUACAACGAGGAUUGUGCGGAUCACGAAGCCUGCGAUCGAUUGAAUCGCGUUUGCCGACCGGUUUGCGAUCAGGAGACCUGUACCCUAAACGCCAUCUGUGUGGGUCGUCGCCAUCAGCCGCAGUGCGAGUGCCGACCCGGUUACCAGGGCAAUCCACAUGUGCAGUGCGAUAUACCAGUGAAGACGCCCAAGCCCCAGUGUAUCCAGGAUGCGGACUGUCCAUCGAAAUUGGCUUGCAUCAAUGAGCGCUGCGCAGAUCCUUGCGCCACGCCUCAUGUUUGUACUCCGCAGCAGACUUGUACGGUCUUGGAUACCCUUCCAAAGCGAGCCAUGGCAUGCAAGUGCCCCGGCGAUACAGUGACGGAUAUCUCACGCAACUGCGUGCCCAUCACUGUACCAAAGGUCAUCUCCGGCUGCCAGCACAAUUCUGAGUGCGCCAAUACCGAGGUCUGUUCGCAUGGAAACUGUCUGGAUGCCUGCCGACUGGAGAGAUGUGGCGUCAAUGCCCAGUGUACAGCUCGGGAUCACUAUGCUCAGUGCAACUGCCCUAAGGGCUUCCAAGGCAAUCCCCGCAUCGAAUGCUACACUACAGAAGUUGAUGUACCACGAAUCCCCAAUCCUGGCUGCUCCCGCAACGACGAUUGUCCCAGGGACCAAAUUUGUCGCAACGAGAUUUGCAUCAGUCCGUGUGCCGCGGAUGACUGUGGAAUUGGUGCUUACUGCCAUGUGCAGCAGCGAAAGGCCAUCUGCCGCUGUCCACCUGGUUAUUCCGGUAACCCACAAGAGCGCUGCCUGCCACCUUCCGAUGUGAUACUGGUAGGCUGCAAGUCUAGCACCGACUGCCCCUCGAACGAGGCCUGCAUCAACACCCAGUGCGCCAGUCCUUGCAACUGUGGACCCAAUGCCGAGUGCACGGUGAAGAAUCACCAUCCGAUCUGCUACUGCAAGCCUGGAUUCUCCGGAAAUGCCCAGUUUGGAUGUGCACCCAUUGGCUGCCAGUCGGAUGACGAGUGCAGCGGAGACAAGCAAUGUGUGAACCGCGAAUGUAUCAAUCCCUGCCUGGCCAGCGAUCCUUGUGCCCUUAAUGCCGAGUGUUACGGACGUAACCAUCGCGCCAAUUGCCGCUGUCCCGUGGGAUUGGAGGGUGAUCCGUUUGUGCGUUGUUUGCGCUUGGAAUGCCACUCGGACUACGACUGUGCAUCGAACCUGGCCUGCGUGUCAAACGAAUGUGUUAGCCCAUGUGGUCAACGUAAUCCGUGCGCCCAGAAUGCCAUUUGUCAGGCUCUGCAGCAUCGCGCUGUUUGCCGUUGUCCGGAUCAGUUGCCAUUGGGUAACCCGUACGCUUAUUGCGAACCCAGACCUGUUGAGCCCGUCUGCCGAGAUGAUGGAGAUUGCCCAAGUAAACUGGCCUGCAUCGACGACAAGUGUCAAGAUCCGUGCGCUGUGCUCUCACCAUGCCAUCCAACUGCUCAGUGCAGUGUCCUCAAUAGCGUUCCAGUACGAACUAUGGUUUGCGAGUGUGCCGAGUACGAGGUGCCCGAUGCCAGUGGAGCGUGCCGUAAGAUGGUGCCGCCCAGGCAACCUGGCUGCGAGAGCGACCAGGACUGUCCCGACCAAGAGGCCUGCAUACACGCUCAGUGCCGCAAUCCAUGCAACUGUGGAACUAACGCCGUCUGCCAAGUCACUCAACAUCGCGCCGUAUGCAGUUGCCAGGACGGAUUUGAGGGUAAUCCCUAUGCCUCCUGUCGAUCCAUUGGAUGUCGCGUGGACGGUGAGUGUGAUUCGGGCAAGGCCUGCAUCAAUGGUGACUGCAUCAACCCAUGCCUGAUCAACGAUCCCUGUGGACCCAACGCCGAAUGCUACGUGCAAUCGAACCGUGCCCAGUGCCGCUGCCUGAGUGGCUAUCGAGGAAAUCCCUACGAGCGUUGUCGUGUCAUUGGCUGCAGCAGCAACAACGACUGUCCCACGGACAAGACCUGCCAGAACGAGCAGUGCGUGAAUCCCUGCGUCUACCACAACCCGUGUGCCCCGCGUGCGGAGUGCAGGGCACAGAACCAUUUGGCCGUGUGCCGCUGUCCUGCCGAAUUCCUGGGCAAUCCAUACGUGGACUGCCGACCGCCGCCACAACCCAUCUGCCAGUUGGACACUGAUUGUCCCGGUCGCCAGGCCUGCAUCAACGAACAGUGCGUGGAUCCAUGCGUUGUAUUGGAACCGUGCCAACGGCCUGCUAUCUGCGAGGUGACUCCUACCUCACCGGUGCGUACGAUGCUAUGUAUCUGUCCGGAUGGCUAUGUCAGCAGAGGAAAGGGAGGCUGUAAGCCUACGCCAGGAAUCAAGGAGGUUGGAGGUUGCAUCUCGGAUUCAGAUUGCCCGGCAGACAAGUCCUGCCUGAACAGCGUCUGCCGAGAUCCUUGCAACUGUGGCUUGAAUGCCGAAUGCCGUAUUAAGGACCAUAAACCCGUAUGCACUUGUCGCCAAGGAUUUGAGGGUAACCCAGAGUUUGAGUGCUCCAAGACCGAGUGCAGUAUCAACUCAGAUUGCCCGGGUACUCACGUGUGCCGCAACCAGCUCUGCAUUCCUGCCUGUCAGGGUGAACAGUGUGGAUCCAAUGCCCAGUGCUUGGCCAUCGAGCAUCAUGCGGUAUGCGAGUGCAUCCCAGGACAUGGUGGAAAUGCCAGGAUUGCUUGUACUCCGUUGGGAUGUCGCUCAGACGACGAAUGUCCAACGGACAAGGCGUGCGUCAAUGGCAAAUGUAAUGAUCCUUGUACAACAACAGCUUUAUGUGCCCAGGACGAGCUGUGCAAGGUGUAUCAUCACCGACCACAGUGCGCCUGUCCACCAGGAACCGUGCCCGGAAAGAAUGGCUGCGAAUCGGAGCGACACAUUCCCAUCUGCAUAAGCGAUGCGGACUGUCCCAGCCAGAAAGCCUGUCUGCGCGGAGAGUGUGUGAAUCCUUGCAAUGCCACCCAACCAUGCGGAGUCAAUGCCUUCUGCAGUGUCCGUGAUACAUUGCCCGUGAGAACGAUGAUCUGUGAGUGCCUUGAAGGCUACACUGGCAACCCAGCCGUGCAGUGCGACAAGCGUUCGCUGUGCGUCAUCGAGAAGGGCUUCGUUCGAGAUGUAGAUGGACAAUGUGUUUGCCCACCUGGAACCGCUUUGGAUAUCUACGAAUACUGCACCCCAUGCCGAGAGGAGCAAGGCUUCCGCAUCGACGAGAGUGGUCACUGUGUGUGCGCCUUGGAGCGCGGAAUGGUGAUUGAUGAGCGCGGCCGUUGCACCUGCCCCAUUGAUCUGGGCUACCGUCUGACUCCACGUGGCGAAUGCCAGCCGGAGGAGCCGCCAGAGUGCACGAGCAAUGAUCAGUGCGCCGACAAUCGAUUCUGCAACCUAGACACCAAAACCUGUGAAGAUCCCUGCCUGACCAAGGUGUGUGGAGUGAAUGCCUUCUGUAACGCGGUGAAUCACCGAGCCCAGUGCCAGUGCAUCACCGGUUACACGGGCAAUCCGGAGCUACACUGCAACCACACCAACUUCCGCACCGAUUUCCCACGACCCGAUAUGGUGGUUAGUUGUCUUGCCGAUGGCGUUCAAGUAGAAAUCCACAUUACGGAGCCAGGAUUCAACGGAGUGCUAUACGUUAAGGGUCACAGCAAGGACGAGGAGUGCCGUCGGGUGGUCAACCUGGCUGGCGAGACUGUUCCUCGUACCGAGAUCUUCCGUGUCCACUUCGGUAGCUGUGGCAUGCAGGCUGUAAAGGAUGUGGCAAGCUUCGUGCUGGUCAUCCAGAAGCAUCCCAAGCUGGUCACUUACAAGGCCCAGGCCUACAACAUCAAGUGUGUCUACCAGACUGGCGAGAAGAAUGUCACCCUAGGAUUUAACGUAUCCAUGCUGACGACUGCCGGAACAAUUGCCAACACAGGACCGCCGCCGAUCUGCCAGAUGCGCAUCAUCACCAACGAAGGCGAAGAGAUCAACUCUGCAGAGAUCGGCGACAAUCUCAAGCUGCAAGUGGAUGUGGAGCCAGCCACCAUUUAUGGAGGCUUCGCCCGCUCUUGUAUUGCCAAAACCAUGGAGGACAAUGUACAGAACGAGUAUUUGGUCACGGAUGAGAAUGGCUGUGCCACGGAUACCAGUAUCUUUGGAAACUGGGAGUACAAUCCGGACACGAACAGCCUGCUGGCCAGUUUCAAUGCCUUCAAGUUCCCAUCGAGCGAUAACAUCCGCUUCCAGUGCAACAUACGAGUCUGCUUUGGACGCUGUCAACCCGUCAAUUGUGGUGGCUACAACGCCUUCGGGCGACGUCGCCGCUCCAUUGCGGACAACUCCACCGAUGCGACCGCCAUUGCCACGAAUUCGGGUGUGGAGGGUCAACUGCGCGAAGAGAUCACAAUCUCAUCAAAUGCCAUUUUGACAUUCGAGAAGCGCAGCGGUCAAGGUCUCAAUGAUGCCAACAUAAAACCGGCGGCUCAAAGGGUCGAGGAUAUCUGCGUGUCUAUGGUGGGACUGAUCAUUGCGCUGGUCAUCACGGCACUGUUGGCUCUUGUGGCCGUUGCCGUGGCAGUUUCCUGCUGGCUAAUGGCCUAUAGGAGGAGGCCCAAGACCAUUGCGCCCCUGCCCCAUCCGCCAGAGUUCCCCAAUCCGCUGUUCUCCAAUCCCGACGCAGUGCCCGAGCCAACGCCGGAUUACAUAUCCUAAACGUAACGUAACAAUACACUGAUACACAACACCUAGCUAUAUCUUUAGUAUGUAAGAGAAUCGAAUGAAAAUGAAAAAGAAAACAUUGUGAAUAUUUGAAAGGCAAGUGCAAAAGGUUAUGAAUUAUGCAAUACAGAUUAAAUCGCGAAAGAUUAUCAAGAUUGAAGAAAAGAAAAACAAAAGUAAAGUUGUGAGCUGAAAGUAUAGUCGGCUCCAUUGGCCGUAAAACGAAACUAUGAAAGAUUGAAUUAUUGUAAAAAGCAAAAAAGACGAAGCGAGAAUCGCAUCAAGAAUGCACGAAAGUAAUAUAGUAGCUUAAGAAAAUAAUUUUAUUAAUUGUAAUAACGAUUAGUAUUCUCCUUCCUACUAACAUGAGAAUUCCGCGUAGUGUUUGUACGUUUAGCUGCCCCAUAGAGACCACCAACUGCCAAAACAGAUGUGAGGGAAUUCACCCAUAGAGAGUGCAGCUACAAACGAAUUCUCGUCCUCUAACGACAACUUCUUCAUUAGUCGAGUACCAAUAUUAAUUCUGUUAUAUAUGUAUAACUAAAGACUUCCUAUAAAUAUUUAGGGUGUGGGUAGUAGCAACAACACUUUGUAUUAUAGCACAGACACACGCACACACAACUGCAACUACUUCCUGUAAUUUAGAUACCAACUCAACUCGCCCGUUAAAAUUGAAAACUGCCUUUGAUUUCCAACAAGAAAAACGAACAAUGCACCCCAGAAUACUCUCUAGCAUAAUAUAUGUAAGAGAUCGUUGGGCCUCGGUCAAUAAGAUACUUUUCCGCGUCUAUCAUCCAUAACCACUGGACAAUAUGCCAACGAUUGUCCCAGUUGGGUUGUAGACAAGCUCAAGAGUCAAAACACACACACACACACAAAUCUCGAAGAAAUCAGACCACUCUAACCGGCUUAUAGACGUGGGAACAGUUUCAUCUGGAUCUAGGCACCAACUCGUUGAGGGAACAUAACUAUAACUGCCACUGAGGCGUCAUCAGCGCACAAAUGAUACUUAUCUAUUGCAUAGGAAAUACUAGGUUUGUUUUAAUUUUAAUCGCAACACCGACUAAUGGAGGAUUUGAUUUUGACCACUGUCCCUCGACCACUUACUUGUACUACACUCUACUAUGAUUAACCAUUAUUUUUGUAGUUUUAUAGUCAAUUAAUAUUAAAUUGUUGUGAUUGUUUUUAAUGCAAAAGAGAUACUUCCACUAACUUACUAAUAUGUAGAGACAAAAGUAUAGAGCGUACUUAAAAAGGCAACGAACCAGCGCCCUUGUCUCCGCCCCUGCCCCAACCCCCUUUGCCAUUCUCAAUCGGGAACAGCGCGCAGCUGUCAACGCGCCGGAAACUAUGCAGCGAAUUUCCGUUUCCGGCGCCCGUUUCACAGAGCAUGUCUUUUCCCGAUGCGAUUAUAGGUGGUGGGAGGGCGGGUUCGCGGAGUCGGGCCUGGAUAAAUAAAUUAUUAAAAAUGAAGUUUUAAAUUAAUAUUAUUAAACGUAAACAAAAUGUAUAGUCACUACUUUAAGAAGAAAGAGAAUUUUCUUUAUAGUAAAAUACCAUACAAAAUAAACUCGCACUCAGACACGUACACAAAGAGACAGAAUUUGUAAAUAAUACACAGGCAAACUCUAUGGUAUUUUUAAAUAGCGCAUUAUUGUGUAUAGGUUUCAGCACCUCGACUCCCAAAUCCGAACUAAAUCACAGGCUAACCCUAACCCAUGCCAGGCAUAAAAUUAUUUUCUUAAUUCCAUAGCCAAUAUGCAUAUGCAAGCAAGUGCACAAAAAUAGCAACCGCCUCGUUCACAAUUACCACACACUUUUAUUUUUCUUCACAAGAACCGCUUCAAAAUCGUACCCUAAAUAGAGUUACAUUGAACAUAGACAAAACUUUUGCACUGGCAGCAAAUAUAAAUGAGAAAAUAAUAAGGAAUAAGAAUGGCUCUUAUUGUAAAAAGAAAGCAAUAGUUAAAUUGUACUUAUAAAACGUGUAUUUAAUAACGAGAAACGAACAUACUUGUAAUCGCUUAUUGUAAACUAAUAAAUAAAUAAAUAAAUAAAUAUAAAUCAA